CCCCCCCCCAGAUCCAGUGCCCGUGCCUCCCCUGUCCGGGUUUUAGUCCUGCCCUAUAGUAGCUCAGGGCUCUGUUAGUCCCUUUUUUUUCUUGUUGUGUUUCUGUUACUCAUCGCCAUCUUGUUGCAGCCCUUUUCUUGUCUGGGAGAUCCGUGGGGGGGUCCGGGUUAUAUUUUUUGUUGCCUUUAUUUAUUAUUUGAAGAUUUUUUUCCUCACUGGGGAGGGGGAAGGGAAUUGCCACAGUCCCUCCAUUGCCUGGUUUUGUGCUGUCGGAUUAGGAAGUAAGAAGGAGCAGGGAUCUUACAGUGAGUGCUGAGAAAUGAGCCUGGAGACCUUAUUACAAGCAGCCUUGUUCCUAGAAUGGCAAGCCCAGCAACAACAACAGAAAACACGUGGUGAGUGGGCUAACAUGUUACAUGUGUGCUGGGCAGGGUUGUGCCAAUUGGCAUGUCAGUAGCAAGGCACCGGCUUCUAGUUACUGCAUUGGCUGUAUGAGCUGUACCCUGUGUGCAGAUGAUUGCACCCCGUGUACUUUAUGUAUUCUGCACACUGGAUCCUAUUUGAAAAUAUUAAUUGCUCCCUAUGUACAUGUAUUAGGUGCACAGAUCAGCCUGUAUAUUGCUCCACAUUGUAUCUUAAUGUACUGCAUGCUAGCUGCACACUGGAUCAUGUAUUCUUUACUUGCCCCCAUUACUGUAAAAUCAUACACUGUAUUCUGUAUUUAUGGGGGAGCAUACCCCUGCAACGUUAUACACAGAGGAUAGCUACACGUUACUCUACGUGCAUUAAUCAGCUCCAUAUAUUAACUCUAUAUGUAUGGAUCUUUUUUAGAUGCCAUGUACAUGGGUGACUUUUAGACUGGACCCAGAUAAUAUGGAUGAGCUGUACACUGGGUGCUGUACGCUGGUCGUUGGGUAUAUAUAUUAAGGGUGGACUGUACACUGGGUAUACAUGCAGAAUGAGCUGUACAUUAGGUGUACAUGGCUGGUGAGCUGUACACUGGUCUUUGGGUAUACAUUAAGGGUGGGCUGUACACUGGGUGUACAUGGAGGAUGAGUUUUGUACAUUAGGUUACAUGGCUGGUAUGCUGUACACGGUGUACAUGGCUGGUGAGCUGUACUGGGUGUACAUGGAGGAUGAGCUGUACACUGGGUGUACAUGGAGGAUGAGCUGUACACUGGGUGUACAUGGAGGAUGAGCUGUACAUGGCUGGUGAGCUGUACAUGGCUGGUGAGUUGUACACUGGGUGUACAUGGCUGGUGAGCUGUACAUUAUUAUACUGCCUGCCUUUCUCUUGGUGUUGUAUAUGAGCUAUCAAUGUGAGCAUUAACACGGAUUGCCCUGGCCGGGGCAGAUUGCUGGCUCUGGCUAGCUCUGGCUGGGGUUUCAGUGCAGGGCGGUGGCAAUCCUCCACAAGCUGUUUUGCAUAAUAGGCUGACAUGGGUUGUCAUAUGACCGGCAGCAGCCUCCCCUCCCCCGGACUCCUUCAUCGCCGGGCCCUUCCUGGACAGCCUGGCUAUCCCUCACUCCCUGCCGGGCCCCCGCCCCCCCGGGCCCCCUCGGACCGGUCCAGUCUCCCUGAGUGCGCGGAUUCCCCGGCCGAGCCGUGUUACAGGGUGUCUGCCAGCGGGCCGCCGGCAGUGAGCGGGUUACUGCGCCCUGGUGACGUGUCAAGCCCCGCCUCCUCCCCCCACGUGCGCCGGAGACCCGCCCGGGGAGGGAGUGCUCGCGCUGUGAGCGGGACCUGCACAUAGACAGGGCUGGGCGGGGCUAGCACAUAGGACUGGGCGGGGCCUGCUCAUAGACAGCGCUGGGCGGGGUCAGCACGCGCUCACUGCAUGAUCCACGUAACACAUGAUAUCCCCCCCCCCCCAACUCCCCACCACUACUGGCUGAGAGUCUGCCAUCAGCCGCCACCAUGUUCUCCCCACACAUAGAGCCUACUGCCUGGCAGUGUAUGAAUGCUACAUACUACUACCAGUCCCAUCAGCCAGGACUAGUGAUAUGUGUAUGAAGUAUAGUAAACCUGGCUGCUCUCACUGUGCCGCUUUUACCUCAUUUAUUUUAUUUUUAUAUUUCCCUUAUGCCCACUGUUUCUUAAAGAUCAACUCUGCGCACGCACUACAGGUCUAUAAGGGACAGGGCACACACAAACCCACUGUUUAACAUUUUAUAAGGCUACUUAAAAUCAUCCAUCUCACCGGACACGGGGAUUCAGCUCCGCCGUAUCGUGUUCAGCCCACCACUGCUUCACGGUACCCCGAUAACGGGUCCUACACUAAAUCCAAUGUGGGAGACAAAAGUGCUUUGAAGUGGUCAUGGUGCCUGGAUUUUGUAUACGCAGCAUUCGCUAUAAAACAUUGCACAUACUGAGUUUAACUCCUUCGCUGCCGCGGGGUGUAAUGCCGCAUCCGGCAGUGUUAUUAGGGCGUCAUUAGCCAACCCAGAAUAAGAGUUACCGGCUGGCUAAUGUGAAUUCUAUGUAUAUUUUAUGCACAGCAUGUCAUUCGUUGGCUGACAGCGGUCAGGUCGACGCUCUCAGCCAGUGAAUGGUGAUGAGAUCAGCGCCUUACUCUGCAGAAGCCUGUGUAAGUCACCAAAGUUGCAAGGAGCCUUGUCAGCUGCGCAACCAGGGAAGCAGGCAAACCGUUUUCCCAUUACCAGCAAAUAGAGCCAGAAUACUUCUCUUUUCUUCCUUGUGCCGCAUGUCAAUACCAGGGUGCCUCCAUUUUGUUCUCCUCUGUCCAUGAUGUCUGCAGCCUUGCUUAAGCUCCGCCAAUUACCGAACAAUUUACCCUAUUUUAAUUUUUCUGUAUAACUAACAUACUGAAGUGAAUUUAUAACACUUUUUGGAAACAGUCAGAAAAGGAUUAGUUAAAAAAAAAAAACCUAAACCUGCAAAGUGGCAGUGUUGCUUUAACACAGUACUGUAAUUUUUCAGUAUUUCAUAAAGAUAUAAUCAUUAUGAAAUACUGACUCUGACUGCAUUAGAAUCUCAUUGACUCAUGAUCAAGGCUGAGGUGGACAAAAGGUGAAGCGCCUCAGUCUACUUUUGUCCAAUCCCAGCAGCUGUCACAAGUGACAUGUUAGUUUAAGGCAUCGGCCUAUAGAAGGCCUUGCAGGUUACUCUAUAGACAUCAAAGUUGUACUGUCACUCGUGAUUAAAAGAGCACAGCACUGACACAAGUCAUGGUAAAUUUAAAGGGACACUCCAGGAACCCAGAUCACUUCUGUCCAUUGGAGUGGUCUGGGUGCCAACUCCCAUCACCCUUAACCCUGCAAGUGUAAUUAUUGCAGUUUUUAGAAACUGCAAUAAUUACCUUGCAGGGUUAAGUCCUCCUCUAGUGGCUGUCAGACAGCCACUAGCUGGACUUCCAGGUUCUUAAAACAUGAAAAGUGUUUUGAAUGAUGCUGAACGUCUUCACGCUAUGCAUGAGGACCUCCAGCGUCUUCCCGUGGGGAGGUCUAAUGCGUGCACGCGGCCAUGGCCACGCAUGCGCAUUAAGUCUCCCCCGUGGGCGGAGCCUGACCCAGCGCCGUGGGACAUCGGCGCUGGAUUCAGGUAAGUCACUGAAGGGGUUUUAACCACUUCAGCAACAUGGGGUGGGAGGGAGGGGGACACUGCAGGAUUCUGCAGUGCCAGGAAAACGGAUUUGUUUUCCUGGCACUGGAGAGUCCCUUGAAGCUGGUUACUGCAUGGUAACACCACUCCCUUACACCAUAUUACCAUUACGUUUUCCUGGGCAAGACAUCUAAAGGUGUAUAUAUCUGCAGUGCAUGCAGACCUGAUUCACAAUACAUUUAUUCAUAUGGGUAGAUCACUAUUGCUUCAUACAGCUUGCUAUUCACUGCAUGCAUACAUGCAAUUCACAGGCCUGACGUGUUCAGUGUACUUUGCAUCACUCACGUAAGUCAGAGCCUCUCUUUAUUCACUAGAUAGUCCAUUCAAUCAGAUAAUGUAACUCAUACUAGCUGUAUAGUAUAAUGUAUAUACAGACACCAGUACUAAACAUAAAUAGCCAUACAUACAUGUAAUCUCUUGAGAGUACAAGUUAAUAGCACAUUUUAUGCCAAAAUAAAGCUAAUUGGAGGGAGGGACUUGCUCCUUGCAUUGCCUAGAGAUGGGUUGUUAAUCACUGGCCAAGAGCAACGUCUUGACACACUGUAUUGAUCUUUAUCUGUUGGGUUUCUUUGCCUAAAGACCUUUCACACCCUUGCCACCAGCAGUGUGAAUUACAUUGGGACUGCAACACUACUCCUACACAAGCUGAGACUGGACACUGUACAGUACUGUUACCGUGUGAGGACUUGGCAGAAUUCGCAAAGACACCCCAGCGGUGACAUCGCUGCUGGGGUUCCGGUGGCCGUGAGGGCAGGUAAAAGUGAGAUGUACUUACCUAAAACUGUCUCUUGCAGGCAUGGCCAUCUUCCUCCAGCCAUUCCUCUUUAACUAGUGCCAGGAGCCGACGUCACUGCUGUAUUCUCGCGCAUGUGAACAGCAUUGAGUUCUAUGGAAGAUUCCGCUGGAUGUUCCAUAGACAGGUCCAAUUUCCUGCAGCCGUUACGUAGACGGCGGCAGCUCUGCCCAAUGUCUAGAAGGGUCAGACAUAGGAAAUAUACAGAGACAAAGUUGUCCCUUUAUAUCACUGGAAUUUCAGUGAAAGAUGGAAGUGCCUCUUUAAUUAUUUUGAGUAGUCUGUGCAUUAUACAUUAUAAAAUCUGUGUAGUACAGCCAUAGAGACUAUAAGUAUGAGCAAUAUGAGUUGAUCUCCUCCAUGCAUGACAUAAUAUAGCAUUCUCACUAAACAUUAAACACCUGCUGCAGUGGGGCUGCAAACACGUUCAUAAAAUAAUUAAUAAAACUGUGAAUGCGACUCAGUCUGCCAGUGCUUUAGAGCUGUUGGAUCUGAUAGAAUUUCUAAAGAUGGCAUAGUCAAGCUGUUCAGGGCUGUCCUGAUUAGCACUAUAGACCUUGUUCGAUUUUUGGUAGAAAGCGCCCCAUUUUGCACAUCUCUCACACUGGGAGGCUGCUGAGGUAUUCACACUGUGCUUUAGGCUUAUCGCCAGCUGUUCUACAGUACCACUGACAUUUAAUGAAGCUGCUAGAAAAUUCGUAUGUGCUGCAAACGCUUCAAACUCCUAGUCGAGUGCGGAUGAGACCCAUCGUGGCGUGUCCUAAAAAGACCCGAUGGACUUGUGUGCAUGAUUUGAGAUACAUGAUAUUGUGAAUAAUUUAUAAUCCACUAGAAUUUCAUCACUUGUGUGAGCUGACUAGGAAUGUAAAAAAAAAUAGCGUACCGUAUAAAACAUCUUUAAAAAUAAAUAAAUGUAAAAAUCAAGAAACGAUUGGUUGCAUAAUGUCUGCUUUCUGCACCAUAAAAUCCCUUAGCUGCAGCGUCCACGCGUUUGAUAAUUUGCAUUGUUUGUAUUCACUGUUCUCCCAGAUGUGACUUAAAGGACGAUGACAUGCUCACCUUGAUCACACAUGUGGCAUACAUAAUUUGGGCUAUAGAUGUGUUUUCCCCUAUCGUUUCAGAUUUCUGAUAUACAUAGUCACCUAUGAAGGGCCGAGUACCAGACGGAUAGCUAUAAUAUUACGCUAGUAUAUUUAUGCUACAUUGAUAUAAUGAACAAAUGCGCUUUUUAUAAGACAGACGCACUGCUGCAUCUUCUACAGGGAAGAUAUGAAUCCCUUGAAUCUAGUUAUACCGUGCCCCCCACCCUGAACACACAUAUUGUGGGAGGUACUAAUAUAUUUUCCUUCUUCAUUCUGCCCUUCCUAGCUGCUCUGUCUGGUUCUUGGGAGAGCCCUCUUGAGUACUUGAGUGGGGGAAGGGCAGACAGCACAGGGCAAUCCUUUUUAACCAACUUCCUGCUUAUUGCAGAGCUAGUAAUCUGAGCUUUCCUACCCUUAUUGGAGGCUGUUGCUGAACACUAGGUGCUUUCUAUAUAGCAGAAGGGGAAGCAUUUUUAGACAUUGUUUGCCGUAAAAUAACACAUUAGCUGGUUUUAGAAAAAUGCUGUGUUUUUACCGCAGAAUGCAUACAUAUUUCUUACUCUGAAGUAUGUACUGGAUGUGUGUAUUCAUCUUUCAUUUAUAUGCUUUUGAAAUUCUAAACUGCAUUUCAUUGGUGUGUGCUUCCCCUAUCUAUACCUUCUCCUUGCCAGAAACAUUCUAAUGUUAAGAGAUUCUCCCCCUUCCUCCCCCUCUUAAUCAUAUGAUAUACAGUUUACUUACUACAAUGCACAAGUUUAACCCUGCUUUGUACGACGUUGUCUCUAUAUAUUACUGUUUACUGAGAUCAGUAAGCUAUUUUUGAAAGUCCCAGGUUUUUGUUUGUGACUUUAAGCAAAUCACUGAAUAAUUUUACCCUAAAAUUAUCGUUACAAAGACAUAAUUGAACAGGCUAUACAAUAUAGGCUAUAAAAUGUUAUGUGCGCAGUCUGCAGUAGUAAAAAAAAAAAAAAUUGUAUUUCUCUGCAAUGUUGUCCUUGUCGUUUUCUGGUUGCGGUGUUUAAAAAUAAAUAAAUAAAAUCCCUGAGCGCUGCAUAUUAACCAUAGAUCACCCUCAAUUCAGCAUUCCUGUAAAUAUAUUGUGGGGGAACCUGUUGAAUAUUUGCCAGAAAUUACAUGUGGAGGGAUUAUGGAGAAGCACUAGAGAACAGGUUGUGCAAAGCAUGUUUGCUGUUUAAUUAACAUGUUCUUUUUGUUAUAUGAUAAGAGCCAUAGUUGCCAACUGUCAUAAAUUUGCUGGGGCAGUCCCAUGUUUUGGGCUCAUGCCCCAGCAAAAAUAAGUCUUGGGUCUUAUCCCAGAUUCCAGGACAUCCACAGGGAGGUGGAUAGAAAUAUGUCUUUCUUUAAUAUUUUCUUGUGUGUAUUUGCUAGUUUGUGUGUGAGCUGUCAAGCAAUGUCAUUUCCCUCAGACGUCACCAACGGCUGCAGGGAAAUUUGCUCUAUCUAUAAAGGAUCCUCAAUGAGGUACUCUCGCGAAUGCGCAAGUUUACAGCACUGGCAGAAAGACCAUGGCGGUGCCCGUGAGGGACAGGUUCAGGUAAGUAAAACUCUAAACGGCGAUGUCACCAACACUGGUCUUUGCAAAUUAUGCAAAGUCCACAGGCGGUGACAGACCUGCUUUAAUUGAGGAUUGCAGUGAAUUAAAAAUGAAUAUAAAAAUUUAGGCCACAAUUGGGGAAACUCUCCAGGUAGAUUCUGUUUCAAUUUGGCUAUUUUGGCCUUUUAGUUUAAAUUCACUUUCAUUUUCCAGCUUUAGUGAAUAAUCCAAUACGUGUGUUAACCUUGCUCUAAUCCUUUUUUAGUAUGAGAAAAAACACCCUUUUUUUUAAUUUUGCCAUUUUAUUUUAAUGUAUUGUCAUUAUUGGUGGAAAUCUACUGUGUUACAUGGAGUGACCAAAAAUGAUGUAUUUUUGUGGAUUGUGUUGCACAUGUUUGAGCAGCACAGUCUGAAUUUAAAAGGUCUAUCGAGGGUAGAUUAACUUUUUUUUUUUUUUUUUUAAAUUACUCCCCUCUCUUGCAGCGGCACUCCAGGCUUGCUUCUUACACAGCAGCAUUCUAAGGAACUAGAAAAUGGUUCUCAUCCAAUCCAGAUCCUCUUGUUCUAGAUCUCCAACUUAAUGAGACAUGGGCGCAGCAGAUUCUUCUGUACACAUUCAGUGAGAAAAACUGUAAAGCAAAUAUUCACACAUGCACAGAAAAUCCUGUUGCUUCUCAUUCAUAAUAAAAAUAAGAAUUAGUACUCGUGCGAGUGAAUGUAAGCAGAUAGGUUUAUAUUCACUUGUGUUAGUAUUUCUUGUUUAUUAUUGAAAUGAGGCGUUUUCAGCAAAUCAUUGCAUAAUGUGCCCAGUGCCGUACAAAAAAACCCCGUGGGAGGGUGAUAUGUUUCCAGGAACUAUAAAGCUGGCUGAACAUUUCCUAGCGUGUCUCUCCUUCCAUGUUAUAGAUAGAAGAAGUGGGGGUUAAGUUAAAAAAGGCUUUGAAUAUUUUUAUGUGGAUUUUAGAACAGGGUCGUGGAAUACAUAGUUACACAGCUGAAAAGAGACAUGUGUCCAUCAAGUUCAGCCUUUUUUACAUCUGUUUUUGCUGUUGAUCCAAAAGAAGGCAAAAAACCUAGUUUGAAUUGCUUCCAAUUUUGCAACAAACCAGGAAAACAUUCCUUCUCGACCCCAGAAUGGCAGUCAGAUCUCUGAACUAUUUCUGAAUGAACAUUCUGUUUUUGCAAAUAUUCAUCCAGUUGCUGUUUAAACAUCUGUACAAACUUUGAUAAAACCACUUCUUCAAGCAGAGAAUUCCGCAUCCUUAUUAUUCUUACUAUAAAAACCCUUUCCUUUGCCUGCCAUGUUGGUUCCCAGUCCUCCAACCUCCCGCUAGAGAUCCCUCUGCAGCAAAGUAAUAUCCUGCUCACAUUGUGUUACUUUACAGAGUUUUGUGUCAUCUGCAAACACUGAAACAUGGGCUUGAAAAAAGAGUGGUCUGCUAUUUUUUCAAGUGUAGAAAAAAAUACAAAGACAAAGUAUUUCAGCGUGACUCAUCGUUCUACAUUAUUUUAAUAAUAUUGGCGCUUGAGAACAGGUUUGAUACUAUGGUAUCUAAGUAAGUGAUUAUGCAACAAAGCUGAGCUGUGGAAACAAUUUGAUAAUCAUUCAAGUAGUGUUGCUACUAUGUUGAUCAGAGAUUUGCAACCCUUUUUGAAACAAGUUUCUCAACUAUAUUUACAGGAACACUCCAUUGAAUUAUUAUUUUUUUUUAACAAUUUAGUAGCUAUACCCCCAAAGAAAACAUGCAUAUAGGUUCUGGGGGGGUUUGAAACAAAUGACUUGCAUAAGCUGCAGAGCUGCUAUCUGCAGUCUUUGCAAGCCCUCCCCUCAAUUCCAGACUCAGACUUUUAGUCUGUACUAGGAAACCACCCACUACAGCCUUAUCAUUGAGAAGCCCCUGUGCUUUCUUAUGCUUCUCGAUGACUGGUACAAAUAUGACAGGCUCCAGACCCUUAACGCACUUCUGCAAAGGAUUGGCGCUGGAUGCAUCAGGUGGUCUAGAAGUUCACUUUGCAUUUGCUAUUUGAAAACAAUUUAACAGAAAAUGGUAUUCAUGGCUUCCUAGUUCCAGAGCCUCAGUAAUAAACUUGUAGUUCUGGUUCUUGGAGAGUCACUUUUAAGCUGACGUUGUCUAAAAUGAAAACAUUGAAAAGUCCUUAUUAUGCAGCACUAUGUCGAAAUGACAAGAGGCAUGGCCUGUGUGCUCAAUCGCACCCAAUACCAUGAAUAUUUAUCAACCUUUGCUUUAUGCAAAUGGUGCCUCGUUCAAUAUCCCUCCUUAUAUAACCUCCUCUAACCCUCCCCCCCAAAAAAAACAGAUUGUCUGACUAACAACAAAGUGCAAAUACAAUUUCAAACUUUAUCUGGAGAAUCCCCCGGAUGGAAUUUAGAAGUGCCUCUCAGUCUGGCUGGAUAAUACUUGCAGUGAACUUGGAGUGUCUUUCAGUCUUAACAAGAAUUCUACGCACCAGUGUCUGGGUUUUUUCCCCCCUCCAUUUUCCUCCUCCUAUCCAUUCUACCGUGUAGAUCAGUGGUAGUCAACCUUUUUCCACUUACCGCCCACUAAUGCAUCUUUCUUGAUGGAAAAAUUUCCUUACCGCCCACCAGUUUUCGCGCAAGCGCGGAAUAUUUUUUAGAAAGGAGGGUGUUUUAAAAAAUACAUAAAUGAACGUACAUUUAUCUUUUUAUUUCUACUUUAUGCAUGUUUAUAAUGUUUUUAACUUUAUAAAGUUUAAUGAGGAAGCAAUAAAGUAAAUUGAACUUACCUUUACUAGUGAUUAAUGAGAUCCUUGAGGUUGAUGCUGCGAGACUAAAUAUUUGAUAUCUGGUUCGAUUUUCAUAAGGAACAAACGAAGGUCUCCUCUUUCAGUGAUAAUCGGAAGACUUCUUUGUUUGCUCAUAAAAUGAUUUCUCAUCUGUGCGUCAGCUCCCCUCCUCUCCCUCCUCAAUUCCCCUUCCCACCUUUUUCCCCUUUUUUCUAUUUUUUAACCUUCCUUAUAGCAAUGCCCAGUAGGAAGGCUGAGCUAGGUAGCCCACUUACUAUUAUUAGUCAACAACAAUUCUCUCCUUUUCCUUUUCUUUCCUUCUCCUUUUUUACAAGUACUCUACUCCUUCUUUCCUCUAUACUAGAAGUACUCUACUCCUUCUUUCCCCUAUACUAGAAGUACUCUACUCCUUCUUUCCCCUAUACUAGAAGUACUCUACUCCUUCUUUUCUCCUAUUCUACAAGUACUCUGCACCUUCUUUCUUCUAUUCUACAAGUACUCUGCUCACAGGCAAACACAUACACACACACACACACACUCACAUUGAAACACAUACACACAAAUAUACACAUACUCACACAUGCACUUACAGACACUCACACAUGCACAGACAGACCCACAGACACACACACACUUACUGACACACACACAUACACUUACAGACAGACACAUACACUUACAGACAGACACAUACACUUACAGACAGACACAUACACUUACAGACACACAUACACUUACAGACACAGACACACACAUACACUUACAGACACAGACACACACAUACACUUACAGACACACACACAUACACUUACAGACACACACACAUACACUUACAGACACACACACAUACACUUAGAGACAAACACAUGUACACACAAAUUAUUAAUAUUAAAUAUCCACCCAGCCUCCCUACCUGGAGAGCUGGUGUGGAUCUGUCCCUGGGGUCCAGUGGGGCUUCACUUAGGCGGGCGGCUAAUCAGACGCAGCGAGGGAGCUCUAACCUCUCUGCUCUGCUCCCUCGCGGACUGUCUACGGAUGCCGGGAGCCGGAAUAUGACAUCAUAUUCCGGCUCCCGCGGCAUCAGCAAACAUCGCGCGAGGGAGCAGAGCAGAGAGGUUAGAGCUCCCUCGCCGCGACUGAUUAGAACGCUGCCAUGCCGGGGGGUCCAGAAGGUGGCCUGGCAGGAGGGAGCGCUUCCUCCUGCCGGUCACUGAAGACUUGCGCAUGCAGAGCCGCUCGCGCCCGCCCAAAAGGAGAAAUCCUCUUAAAAAGAGGAUUUAGCCUCAGAAAUCCCUACCGCCCACCUGGAAUCCUAAAACGCCCACUAGUGGGCGGUAGGGACCAGGUUGACGACCCAUGGUGUAGAUUGUUAAAUAUCCCUUUUAAAAGAGUGUUUGUUUUAGUGUCUUCUCUUUAUAAGUAGGGAUUGACCGAUAUUGAUUUUUUUAGAGCCCAUACGGAUACUGAUAUCUUGUGAACUUUCAGGCAGAUAUAAUUUGCCGAUAUUCUGUACAUUUACCAUUUUGGAAAAAAAAACCUAUUUCUAAAGGUAAAUGCACAAAAUAUACAUGCCACGUGUAGUGGAUGCAGUGUGCUUAGACAGGGGAGCUGUGUGUGUUUGUGUAGUGGAUGCAGUGUCUGUGUAGUGUGUGUGUAGUGGAUGCAGUGUAUGUUUGUGUAGUGUGUGUGUGUUGUGGAUGCAGUGUGUGUUUGUGUAGUGUGUGUGUUGUGGAUGCAGUGUCUGUUUGUGUUGUGUGUGUGUGUGUUGUGGAUGCAGUGUCUUUGUAGUGUGUGUGUGUGUGUAGUGGAUGCAGUGUGUGUUUGUGUAGUGUGUGUGCUGUGGAUGCAGUGUGUGUUUGUGUAGUGUGUGUGCUGUGGAUGCAGUGUCUGUGUGUGUGUUGUGGAUGCAGUGUCUUUUUGUGUAGUGUGUGUGUGUGUUGUGGAUGCAGUGUCUGUUUGUGUAGUGUGUGUGUGUUGUGGAUGCAGUGUGUGUUUGUCUAGUGUGUGUAGUGGAUGCAGUGUGUAUUAGUGUAGUGUGUAUAUAAUGAAAGCACAGUGUUUGGGUAGUGUGCGUAAAGUGAAUGCUGUAUAUACUAAAUGCAAAGUGUGUGUGUUUGUGUAGUGUGUGUGUGUAUAUGAAUGCAGAGUGUGUGUGUAUUUAUGUAGUGUGUGUAUAGUGAAUGUAGUGUGUUUAUAUAGUGCACACUACACAAACACACACUGCAUUAUAUAAACACACUACACAAACACACUGCAUUAUAUACACACACUAUACAAACACACUGCAUUAUAUAUGGAGUGUGUGUGUGUGAGGGGGCAUUUUUUUUAUUAAAUUAUUAUUUUUAUUAUAUUUAUUUAAUUAUUAUUUAUUUUUGUUGUCCCCCCUCCCUGCUUGUUGCCUGGCCAGAGAGGGGGGAUAUAGCAUUCCCUGGUGGUCCAGUGGCAUUGGCUGAGCUGUGGGGGGGCGGGCAGCAAGCAUUUACUCACCUCCCAGCAGCUCGUCCAGCUCCCCAGUGUAAGUCUCGCGGCCAGCGUUCCGUGCGGGUCUUGCGAGAGUUACACUGGGGAGCUCCUGGGAGAUGAGUAAGCGCUUGCUGCCCCUCCCCCCCAGGACCGCCGGGUUUGUAAUAAGCCUGGCAGUCCUAGGAGGUAUUAUCGGCAAUAUCGGUAUCUGAAUUGGCCGAUACCGAUAUUGCCGAAAAUACCGAAUUUUGUCCGAUUAUAUCGGUAAAACCGAUAAUCGGUCGAUCCCUAUUUAUAAGCAUGGGUAGACAUGUCUAAUGUGGAGAGGGAUACAGGGCAUAAAUUCCACGUACUUACAAAAGCCAUUAAAGGCAGCCAACCCACUAGCACUUUUUUUUUUUUUUUUCUUCUUCUAAUUAUUAAAAAUAUUGACAAGCUUGUGCAACCAGGGGAUGGAUGUAGAAUAAUGUAUUAGUGAGAACACUAUUUUUGGAUUUUCUAGACGGCGUACUAAGUUCAACCUUCUAGUUAAUCACUCUCUAGUAGACUCUCUUGCACAGUUUUUGUUAGGUAGCUGGUAAAAAUGUCACUCCCGAUCAAUCAUAAACCUAUGUAAACCUUAAUAGGACAAAUAUUCUUUUAAAAAAAAAAAAAUUCUGGAGACCUUUCCAGUUUUUUUUCUUGUCUUUUCAUUUCAAAAUGAUCUGUUUGGUGAUCUACACUGCAAUUAACCUCACCCCUCCACUUUUUUUGUGUUUGUAAAUUAUUGCAUUUAGUACAUUCAAAAAUUAUACAUAUAUACAUUAGCAACUGUCAGUCUGCUCAUGCUGAUUAUUCCUUCAUGAUCAACUAGCAAUGGUGGAAAGCAUCCAGCCUAUCACUGCUCUUCCAUUCAUUGAUUUUAUGGGGAGAAACAAGUGGCUACUACAGAAUCCUCUUGUUCUUUAUCAUUCCAUUUCCUAGUGGAACCAUCCUGAGGGAAUAAAGCUAGUCUCUGCAGGAUUUCCUCGCAGGAGUUGUUUGUUUGUUUUUUUGCGGUGAGGGGGGUUAUGUAGAAAUUCACAUUCAAUAAUUUAUUUAGGUUUAAUGUUAAAAUUAAAGUUUUGCAAAAAGUAAAUCCGAUGUGCAAAGUAUAUUGAAUUAACACUGUCUGGGCAUGCCCAGUGUUCUCAUGGGAGGCCAUUUUCAUUUAGAAAAAAAAUCACUUUUGAGACAACUGCUGAUAAAUCCAUUUAUAUCUACUUUGCUGACCGUGUGAUCGAUGUUUUGGAGCUAGAUUUGGUAUUGCGGAAUGGAGAGUGCGUAUUGUGGUUGGGCUCACUACACUCAAACAGCAAUCAUGUACCCCUCUCCAAAACAUUCAGGUCUAUGACAUAAUUUGUAUAAUCAAACAGAAUUAAUGUACACACUGAUGGUUUAAAUACAAAAGUGACUAAAUGCUGACAAAGCAGCUGGGUAUGCAGGGAGAGAUAGGAUUAUACGGAUAGGAAACGUGUUUGAUACUUACAUGGUGGACAGUAAUAUGGCUAUAAGUGAACAAGUGGUGUGUUUAAGGGCAUUCAACAUGUGUGGGCAAUGAGCCUCAAGAAACAUAUUGUUGACUGCUGAACGUGACAUUUUAUUUAUUUAAUGGUCAAUGGGAUGUGGUACGGCCUAUCAAUAGGCAGGCCGUGUUCAUAGACUAUGAUUAGGAGCAAGACAAAUUGAGUAAGAGUUGUAAUCAUAUUUAUUGGAGUGUUGUAAAAGUGACCAGGGAUCUGGGAUUCAUAUUAACCGACAUUCUGGGCAUGUAUUUACAGGCAGACAUUUACAGUGCUGCCUGGGGAGGAGAGGUCCGGGGCUGGGAGCGUGUGGUCUGAACCAUUGGUUGGUGCAGUCUCAGACCACAGUAAUGGCUCCUUUUGUGGUCAGGCACUCACUGAAGAGUCUGAGCACAGCUGCCCGUACUACCAACCUGCAUGCUGAUUUAGUGGACCCACUGCAAGGGAGCAGUUACUGUGUUUUUUUUCCUCAGAGUUGCAGACCUUAUACUCUGACACUGGACCACAAGGGACUUUAACCCAUAGGAGUCCUAGCACAUAAUGUAUGUGGUGUGUGCUGGCUGUGUGUAAUGUGUAUGAAAGUGGUGUGUGUUAGCUAUGUGUCACAUAUAGUAGAGAUAGCUAGUAUACACACCACAUCCACGGACACCUCAAAUCUGUAAUGAUUUUGUGUCAGAUUGGGCCACCACCUUAGUCCCUUGGACAGAUGUUUAAAAAAUAAAUAAUAAUAAUAGAUUUGUUGCCAAACACCCUGAUUUAAUUUUUAUAUGUAUUUUUCCCCUUUUCUUUUAUAGUACGUAUUUGCUUGAGUAUAGAAGACAUCCAAAAUUAGGGUUACUGGAAAAAAAAGAGAAAAAAGUGACAGAAAAUUAAUAAAUCUGUGUUUCUGGAAAAAUGACAUGUAUUAAAUUAAUGACGGUUGAGGUGCAAAAAAAGAAACAGAAUAAAAAAAUCAAACAGAUUAAAAAAAAAUGUGUCAAAAAUUAGACCUAAAGUAACAGUGACACUUUGAUAAUUAUCUCCUACAGACUGUUUCCUGUAAUUUUAUCGCCACCUGUGAAAACAGGCAGGUGUCAUCAAUGCCUUAGUGCAGUCUCUUGUAAACAACUCCAUGAAUAUUGUGUACACACAGUAUGGCAGCCACAGAUAAUGCCACACCAAGAAAUAUCUUAGUGGGCUAGUCCAGGAGAGCAUUGAGAUUGUGGGCCACCAACCCAAGUCUAAUCCUAUACUGUGCUGGGCUAGAGACCCUGCACAAAUCCUGCUUGCCGUCUCACUGCCGUAUUCUGCCAACAGACAUCCCAACAGACCUGCUACUCUAAUCUGCAGAAGAAUGGAUUAAUGACUGUAUAAUAAUGGCGCAUUGGUCCGUAGACCUCCCAUCAUUGCAAGAAGGAAGUCUGUCUUUACAGCUUUGGAGUCCUUUUUAUUUUUAUUUUUUUUAUAUGCUUAAAAAUCUGUUUAGUAAUUGGAUAAUUUUUGCACACACCUCGCCAUGUCUGUUGAUUGGCAGUUUCGGCUACAGUGGAACACUAGAAAUGGAAAAUGGGUGCUUUUGCUUACACAAUAGUGAGAAAAUGACAAAUCGAGCAACGGCAAUUAAUAGAAUUGAUUAUGUGAUACUAAUGUUCUUCAUUAAUCCAGCCAGCAAUGUUACAGCACACAUUGGAAAUCAGGCCAUUUAGUGACUUGUCACAUAUGAUGAGCCUGGCUGACUGACUCAUUUCUGGUAAAGCAGGGAUCCUAGCAGAUCUGGCUUAGUGCAUGUUCUUGGAAGGUCAAAGGGUCAAAUCCUACUUAGUCAGCAAAAUGCUGGUUCCUGGAAAAGUCACAUGAUCUCCAGAAUAAGGCUGUUUGUAUGAUCUCCGUUCUAUAGGACUGGGACGCUGCUUGUAGGAAAUCAUCAUAAGGGUGUUUUUCUUGCUUGAUCUCGUUUGAACUAUUUUAUGACAUCACAUGUUGUACAGUGAGAGGUUGCGGGCCCUGUGGGGAGUGCACUUUGGGUCAUUUGGAUUAAGAGCCGUAGCAAUGUCUCCCCACCCGAAGAUUAGAGAGUGUGGGAGGGAGACCCAAUGCAGCUAUAUUAGAGGAGCACAAACAAUGAGCCAGUUUAGAGUUAAAGAGAUAUGAAUAGUUAUUUCAGUGCAUGUUCAUGUAAUGUAAUGUAUACAUUUAUUGUGUCACUUGUGUGAUUAAAUGCACUUACUUGAAUUUGAGUUGAGAUUUCUACAUCUGAUUCAUUCUACUGAGCUGCAGAUCAUCAGAUCCCUCCAGAAAUAUUGACCUUUUUUUAUAUUCCUUAGCAUCAAUUUAUUCGGUGAUAUACUGGAUUAUUACAGAAGUACUUCUUCUCUCAUGCUCCUGUGGAGAGGAAUAAAAAAAAACAAAAACAUAUUAGUCCAACUGCAAAGACCGCAACACAAUGCAGCGUUUCCCUGUAAAGAGCAAACAGAGCGUCUAUAAUAUGUGUCUGCAGAUAGGCAUAGAUUGGGAGUACUUCUUUAUUAACAUUACCGACAUCUGCAGUGUAAGAGGGAAGUAAAACUUGCUUUAGUGCUACAUUGUGAAAGAGGAAUUGCCAGCAGCAAAUAAACAUAUAGUAUUUCAGUCCUUUAACCUUUUAGUACCUGCAGUGUGCAGUGCUUCAUGCUCACAUGUGACAUUUAAAGAAUUAACAUCGUACAAAGUCUCUUGCUAUUAACUUCUGCGAUGAGUCUCAUUCCAGCUGUCCUUUGAGAUGUUGAUCUUUGGAUAGUCUGUAUUAAAAGAGCAAUACCGUUUCCUGUCCAAAACAUUGAUUCCUGGUAUAAUAGCUUUAAAAAAAAAAAUGUUUCUAGCAUUCAUAUAUAAUAUUCUUCGACAUCCCAUUGGCUUAGGUUUAUCAAUGCCCAGAGAUAACUUGUUGCAUUUUAAAAAUAUAUAUAUAUAUGAUUUAGCAGAUGUAAGUGCCACUUACUGAACAUGUUAUGAAACUAAACAUGGGAACAUUCCAAACAUUGUAGUGUGCUGUAGUGGUUAUGGUGCCAGGAGUCAUUAAUGUAACUCGUCAGUUUGACUUCUAACCUGGGAUCUGUAGGUCGCCAGUACCUGCCUUUUUACAGUCAGAAAUGAGAGGUGAAAACUCCUGCUAGGAACUUCUGUUGGCUCUCUUGAGCUAAGCCCAGCUCAUUGGCUGAAACUCAGCUGAUCCCUCUCAGCCAAUGGGCUUUGCUCGUGAAGAGACCUUGUGGCUAUAAUGAGGCAGGGAGCGCGGCUCUUGGCAGACCCCAGGUAAGAAGUUGGUCCAUUAGAAGUCUAUUGUCGAGGGUUUCUUUUUAUCAAGUCUCAAAAACCUAGGAUGACCAAAGUUAGCCAUAAAUUAAGAUGGCUCUGAAUGCAAUCUGGUUAUAUCUUUAGAUACUUUAGUAGAUUAGAGGUACCAACUGGUAACAGGUUUAUUGGUAAAGGCAUAGUGUAUUGGGAAGACUCGCUGGCUGGUGUCUGAUGUUAGGAUGGUGUGGCCUUUUUGUAACAGGAAUCUGGCCCUUGCAUGCUAUUAUCUGAAGAUUCCAGGGCAGGGCCAUUGUGUGUUGCUAGAAUUUAUAUUAUCCCUCCAUUGUAUUAUAUGUGGUUGAAUUGCCUUGUUUGAGAGAACAAUUUGUAGUUCAGUUUAAGGCAGGUACAAUUAUUGUUCCUAUCUUAAAGUUUGGUUCUAGAAAACCAGAGCUGAACAUUUAUAGAUCUAAAAUCCCUUAAAGGAACACCCCAAGCACCAUAACAACUACAGUUUGCUGUAAUACCCACUACAUGUAGUGGUCAAGAAGGUUUAGAAAGGACCUUGGGUACACCGAGCGCUGACCCCCACCUAUCACUAUGGCCUACAGGAGAGCUGGAAUCCUCGCAAUGCAGUGUUUAACUCAUGGGUUGAGAACAAUCAGCUGACUCUAAGUAAGAGAGCUAACCCUGAGAGAGCUAAUGGAAGCUUCCAGGUCUUGUAGCUGAGAAAAGGCUGGGAAUGGACCCAGGUCAUGACAUGAAAAGCCCAGAGCUAUUUCUAAUUAUAUAUUAUUUUUUUUUUAAAUUUAAUUUUGAAUAUUUUCUCUAAAAAUCUGUGCAUGUACUUCUUCCCUGGUUCCGAAGAUUACCUCCUAACUUAGUGUGCCUAAAUCUUACAUUCUUCGAAUAUGUCUGUUCCUGGCUUAUUGCAUAACCAGGAAAUAAAUGCUUCAUAUAUUGGUUAGCCGAAAUUAAAACCAUUUUUUUGCUCACAAUUACUGAAAGCUCCCACCCCCUUGUUUGUUUGUUUGUUUGUUUAUUUAUGUUUUAAUCCAUGCUGUUGCACCUAUGGCUUCUAAGGGGUCAGUUUAGGCCAGGCUUUCCCCAAACUCUGGCCCUCCAGAUGUUGCUGAACUACAACUCCCAUGAUUCUCAGCCUGUUUAUUUCAUUCAUAGAAGCAUGGGAGUUGCUGUUCAGCAACAUCUGGAGGGCCGGAGUUUGGGGAAGCCUGGUUUAGGCUUUGCAGUGUGGUUUUCAUGUUACAUUUUCUGGUGAAUGAGCAUUGAUUGCUGUCCUUAAUAGAUUACAACUUCGUCUGGCACAGACAGUGCAGUGUCACACCAAGCUGCUGUUUAAUCAGGAUCUCCUGCUGCACAGUACAGUGAUUUAAGCCAAGAGUCAAUCCUGUCCAAGAGCAUGUGGAAUAGACAGAAACAACAUGCCCAGUUUAGAACUCUGUAUCCAAUCCAAUGGUUAUUUACAAAUGCCUUUGUCACAUGCAGCCAUUGAAAUUGGACACCUUCUUACAUUUUUGGCACACAUUAUAUUACUGUAGUAUGUGACCUCCUUGGUUGUGACUUUAACCAAGGAUACUGUGGCAUACUUGGUAACUAUGAUCUUUGAUUCUAACUGAAUAUAUUCUUAUGGGUAGUGAAAAUCAAAAUUUAAAAAAUCUGAAGCGGAGGGCAGUGUCUGGAGGAGUGUCAUAACGUAGAUGGAUUUUAGCUAGCUAACUGCUAGUGAGGAGAGGAUCAAAACACAAAAUGAAGAGUUGUAUUCUAACUGAUAUGUAGCAUGGUUAUGGUAGCUUUUUGUUUCCCGUCGCUAACCCAGACACCGCAGGGGCAGACUGGCAGUGAGAUUUUCUUCUUUUUUUUUUUUUUUUUUACCUGUAAAGGCUAACUCCAACCCUUUUUAAUAAAUUAGUUUUUAUUUAUUUAUUUAUUUAUUUAAAUCUGCAUUUGGUAUUAGGUCUCUCUUAAAAUCCUGUAAAAGGAAGAAUACAUUUACAUGGAAUACAGUGCCCAGCGAAGCUCUCCAUGCUGGUUUCCAUGCCCGUCUGACGUCGCAGCCUCCCUCUCCUUGAUCCAAUCAAGUGCUUUUCAUAGAAAAGCAUUUUCUCCUGGCUCAGAGUUCCUGCACAUGCACUGGGAGGGGAGGCAGUCAUUGUCUUGGAAUGACCAUUGCAUGUGAUCAUUAUCACAGUACUCAUCCUGUCAGCUGCACAUACUAAUGCUUUUGUAUGAUUUACACAUUGUGUGCACAGAUUAGUUUAAAAAUAUAGCUGAUCGCUGUCAGUCAAUAAGCGUAGUACUGCAUUGUAAGGUUCAGCUAAGGUGAGUUAAUAAAUGCUCCUGCUUAGGAACUUCCAGUCCUCCAGCAUUGGUAGUGGAGGCUUAGGGUGGAUCCCAGGUACAAAGUGAACCCGUUCAAAAAUUGGUUUGACUCCUUACAAAGAAGGGGGAACACUUGGGCACAAUAAACCAAUACGAACUGUAGUCGUUAUAGUGCUUGGGGUGCUUUCAUUUUGCAGGUGAUACUUCCGGUUUCAGUGCAGCUUCUUGCCAAUUAAGAACCUAGGAACCUUUCAUAUGGAAUUGAGCAGACACAAGCAGAAGCUCUUUGACAGAAAGCCAGAUCAUUUCUAGAUAAUGAGUUAAAUAUCUGGGCAUUAUGAACUUGUAAUUUAUUUUACUGCUCAAAGAUAUGUUUUUUUUUGUUUGUUUUUUUUCACUCAAUAUAAAUGUUGCUUUUUUAAUUUUCAUUUUUUUAAUUGGCUUCUUUAAUGUUAAAGAAAUUCUUUUCUUGCGGAAUGAAAUAAGCAAAGCUGAUUUAUGGGAGCUGUGACCGACAUUGUGACCUCGUGGUCUCUGUACUAUUGCCAAGCCAAAGUGGUUAAGGGGUGGACAUAAACUCAGAUGGUCUGCAUAAAUUAUUGGCUACCACAAACGCAAAAACUGUCUUUGGGAAAAUGUUAAUGAGAAAUUCAAAUUAUCAAACACGACGUCUGCAAUUCACCUUUUUUUUUUCCAUUUAUAAUAAUUUUAUUUAUUUUUUUUAUUCAAAUUUUGCUAGAGACUUCAAGGAAUCCUCUAAAACUCCAGAAAAAAAAAAACAUGUUGAGAAUAUAAAAAAAUCCAGAAAAAUAACAAAUUUACAGUUAUUAUACAAAACAUAACAGUGUAGACAACGACACAGUACACCUUUUUAUUUGUACAACAACUCCUGUGAUGCUGUGUCAGCCUUAAAGCACAGUCUUGGGGAAUCUGACAUUUAACAAGGACAUGACUUGCUAGAGUUCUUAAAGCAUCUGCCAUUGUUUAUGUGUACAUGUGCUUGCCAUGGACAGCUAAUCCCCACCACUCCUCCUGUGUUUACAGUGCCCUAGUUUGGUUGUAGAGCCAGCAUGAAAGGUGAAGGUGUGGCCUGAUGGAAACAGGACAAAGGGAGGGGCACAGUGAGGAUGCACAAAUGGUGUGCUGUUCCCUUAUUUACCCAACUGGGCCAAACCAAUUAAUCUUGUAUGCCUGUGUAACCUGCACCUCCCUGUCCUUACCACUGUUUAAGAUUACCCUUAACAAAUUGUGUAUUGCCAGGUCACAGAAUGGACUUUAAACUACUUUAAAUCCUUAAGGAACUUAAACAGAACAUCAGCAUGCAAUGGUAAUCCAUUCAGACUUUUUUGCAAACUUUUAUUUUUCUCUAUAUGUGAAAAGUUGUCACAAUUUGCGAAAAAAAGGAAUAAAAGAAAAAUGGGUUUGUAAAGGAUAUUUUGUGAAUGCUUUUAUUUAUAUGGGAUUAUUCAGGUUCAUUCUGACUUGUUGUUAUUCUCUCUCUCUCUCUUUCUAUAUAUAUAUAUUUUCUGCUUUGUUUUCCAUCUCCCACAAUGUCACAGAGGAGGCAUGGCCUCCUCUAUCGCUGUCCACUCCAAUGCUGCUCAUAGAGGAGCAUUGGGGGACAUAAUGCACUUAUGGCGAGCGCCGCACGCGCAUUCAUAGCAUUGAAUGCAUGCUUUCCCAUGGGGGCCUCCGCAGUGCCUGACCGAGCUUGUCAUUUCUGCGGAGGCCCCUCUAGAGGCUCUUCUACUUGCAGGGUUAAAAGGACAGAGGCACUGCAACCAGACCAUUCCAUUAAGAUGAAGUGGUCUGGAUGACUAUAGUGGCCCUGUAAUUAUGGUAAAUUACUCCCCGCCCGGUAAGUUUAACCCCUUCCUCUCCAUCCAGCUCGGUGGGAGGGGGACCCUGAGGGUGAGGGCACCCUCAGGGCACUAUAGUGCCAGGAAAACGAGUAUGUUUUCCUUGCACUAUAGUGGUCCUUUAACAUUUUUGUACUUCAUACAUUCUAAAUGAACACAUCUGUUUAAUUCCAAGUAUCUUUUUCUGCUGCCACGGCAACAAAAUGGAUACAGCCUGUCACAGCCGUCUCAGUGUAUUAGCUAGUUACUUUCUAGAAUUAAGGAGGAUUGUCACCUUUGAGCUGGUGACAGUUCUGUUUUCAGUCACCCCAGUAAAAGCUGAUGAAGCGUUUACGGUUUGAGGAGUGCAGGGGAGGGAACUGCUUACCUCUGAGGCACUUCUGGGUAUUAGAACAGAUUUCUCCAUUGCUCUCAGCCCUUUUCUAAAAGGACCACUAAAUGCAUCCGGACCACUUUGUCUCAGUUAAGUAGUCUGGGUGCAGUGACCCUGUUCUUUUAACCCUGUAUUGUAAACCACUGCAGUUUUUCAGAAACUGCAAUGUUUCUAUUGCAGGGUUAAAUCUGCCUCUAGUGGCUGUGUUCCUGACAGCCACUACUGCACUGACUGAGUGAAGCUCGGCAACGUGAUGCGUAAGCUCAUAGGAAAGCACUGGAUUCAAAGCAUGGAUUCAUGCAUGGUGCCCGCUGCGCAUGCACGUCAGGUCUGCAAUGCUCCACUAUAAGGAACAUUGGAUUGGACCAUCGCUGGAGGAUACCAUGCCUGCUCAGUGACAUUGUAGGAGGUGUAGAGGUGUGCCAAAAAUAAAUAUAAGUAAAAACUUAAAAUUUUUAUUGCAACGAGGGGGAGGGACACCUAUAUAUAACUAGGGACCAGGGCACUAUAGGUCUAGGAAUGCAGGUUUGUAUUCAGUAUGUGCAUUACUCCCAUGAUGCGUAUGUCCACAGGUCUAGCAUCAUGUGAUUACAGAUAUUUACAUUAUAUGCCAGGCUAUGCCUGCCUUGAAGACGCAUUGUGUAUAUCAAGGAUUAAUUAAAAUAGAAGAAAAGAAAAAAUGAACUAACACAGCCUGUAGCUAACUUUUAAAUGGCUAAAAUGAUUUAUCCUUAACAAAAGUAUUGCAAUCUUUCAAUAUGUGAUCUAAUUAAAAAAAAAAAAUACAUCCACUUAUUUGCAGGCCUUAGGAAUCCUAUAUGACUAGGCGAUUUGUUGCUGUUACAUCAGAGAAGGUUGAUCAACACCUUUUUCAAAGGCCAACUUAAUUAAAAAAGAAUAAGACCUGGUGUUCAUAGCAACUCUUUGCAAAGCUCUUGGGAAGCGCUUUCCAAAUCUCUUGGAAAAGUUGUGUUGCAAGUACACGCUAGACCCAUUAUGAACAGUCUUUCCUAUGUGUGUGAGAAGCAUAUCAUUUCCGUAUUCAGGGCAUGGAGUCUGUCAUGUCUUGACUUACUCUGUGUGUGUUCACUGCGAUUGUAGAGACAGGAGCAGAAGUGUAAAAGAGGUUGCAAAGUGCAGGAGGAAACAGAGGUGAUGAGUGAUGACAUUGAGCAUAGGGCCUAAGAACACUGAUUUCUGAUGUUGCUAAUGUAAUCUGAAAGACCUACCAGCUAUGCCAGGAUCUGCUGGAAAUUGGCAAAAUAAAUCAGCAAUAUUCUAUAUGUGCAAUCCAAUUACAUUUCACAUUUAUGGUUAUACGGACAUAAAGGGCUCAAUAAUCCACCAGUAGACUUCGUCUUGGUAAAGAAAAUCCUUUUAGUGGAGUAGGAAGGGAUACAGUCUGUUCCCAAUAAUUCAUCCUGUUUUGCCAAUAACAGAAAUAACUGCAGUAAUAAUCAGAAUAUAAAUAAUUUUACUCUUAGUGUGUAUUGUGGAACGUAAGGACCAAGGGAAAGAUUUAAGUAAGGGUGCUGCUUCAUUACUUAAUAAUAAUUUAUAAUGCACUAACAUGUCCAGCAGUGGCAGUGCUGUACAAAUAUAUGUAAAACUUUUUUUUUUUUUUUAAGAAAAUCUGGUUUUGUGCACAAAGAUCUUUUGAAAUUUGAGUAACAUGCACUAUAUGUUUGCUUUGGUAAUCAUUAUUGCCUCAUACAUAUUAAACGUAGCCAUCACACAUUGCACAGUUCAGGUACCACAUAACAGGCAUUUCAGUAAAUAUAGAUGAUAAAUAUAGAUGGUUGCUGCAAAAAUAAAUACCAUACAGGUAAUGCAGAAAACUGGUUAAGUGACCCUGUCUAUAAAGGAUGCACAUUGAUCUCUGGCCAAAAUCAGUAAUCUGUUUAAUUUAUUUAAAAAAAAUGAAACUUAGAAAGUACACGUGCACACAAAUGAAAUACAUGUUUUUUUUUUACAUUUUUUUCUUCUUCCUGCGAUUGUGUUAAUUGUUUUGAAUUUUAUUUUUGCGCUAAUCCGAACCUAUAGGGCAAGUUUUUUGCGGCAACCUCUAGGUGGUAAUUGAGUGUUAAACUUUUUUUUUUUUUCUUUAAACAAAAAAUGAAAUCCCUACAACCCCCUUUUUAAAAUUCUUACUAAUAUUUAAUCUGUUUCUGGUUUCAAGAAUGUCUUUCACUUUAAAUCCUUAAAGAAUGUGUGCUGUUUCCUUCUGAAACACUUGCCCAAGGAUAUAAGUCAGUGGACUGGCACAUGAGUCAUUCAGUGUAUGUGCCACUUUCCAGGGUUGGAGGAGGUGAGGCAUGGCAGGAAGAAGGACCUGCAUACAAAAACGAAAUGCUUUUAAAAUGUGUUCUGGCUGUAAAACUGGACCAAACUGACAGGGAUAUUCACUAACCUAUAAAUUGCAGCAAAUUUUAGAAUUGCAAUUGCAAAAUGCAGGCUACAAUUAAAACUUGACUUAGUCGAGUUGAAAUGCUUUUCCAAUUAACAAUGUUUGCCUAAAUUUUUAGAUUCAUAUUUCAGUAAUGAUAGCUCACCCUGUAAAGCAGCAGAUAUGGUUUUCUUUGUCGUCUGGAGUAUGCUACUAUGUAUUUUAUCUCCUAGCGUAGAUGAACGCUUAAAGCACCAUAACUGCAACAGCACUCUGCAGUAAUGUUGCUAGGAAGACCCUGGUCCCUUCCUCCCCCAUUUUAAGUAGUUGAAUCAUACUUAUCCAGGGUUCACAGGAACUUAGGAGCUUCCAGUAGCUCAGACAGAGAGGCACUCAAGGCAGUACCAUCAUCACUAUGACACUCUGUAGUGGUUAUAGUGCUUGGAUUGUCCCUUUUAAUUAUGGCCAUUAUAGGAAGCUGAGUACCCCAUUUUUAGCUCUUCAUAAUAUUGACAUCAAUGUCACUUGCCAAUUUGUAUGGCUGUGCUGUAUGAACAUUAUAUUUAGCAAAAGAUGUUUCAGAUGACAUAAUCUGGCCUAUCCUAGUUUUUUAUGGCGUUUGUAUAACAUUACGUGACAUUUAAAGGGACACUCCAGACCCCUAAAGCACUUUAGCUUGUUGAAAUUCUUUGUCUGUGAAGAGUGUUUGUUUUUUUUUUAAUUUUAUUUUUUUUUUAAAUAAAAUAAAUGCAGAUUUUAGUAGAAUAUGGCAUUUUUAGAAAUCAUCUUUGUUACACCCCCAUGGCUGUCAGACACCUGGUCCUGUUACGUCUUGGUUGUCUAGCUCAGUGGAGCUAAACUCAAGAGGCACUUAAUUUUUUAUAGUUUUUUCUUAUUUGGGCAGUGGAGUGUACCUUUAACUCUAUAUUUGAACUUUUCCUUUCCUAACAGAAUAAAACAUUAUAACACCGUUAUACUAGUUGAAUAUCUUAAAAUAGAUUUUAUUUGAAUAUGCAUGCAUCUAUUUAGGCUGCAAUUGCCCCCAGCCGGGUGGUAGUCAAUCAAAGGCAGCUACUCCAGUGAGUGUCCAUUGUUUUGCUGAAAACCUGUACAGAGGUCUUUGGAUCAUUUGUAGUGGGUGACAAUUGCUGGCCAUGGCAGUAAUCUCCAAUAAAAUGUAUAUGUGUCUUUUUCCUGAUUCUGCGUGCAGUCUAUUUUUAAGUUUCUUCUUGCUUUUUUAGGAAAUAGAACGGUCUUUUGAUUUUUACGUGAGUAUUCGUGACAUUGGCCAAUUGUGAUGUUUACUAAGUUCACAGGAAGGGAGUGUUGGGACGGAAUGCCUCAGUAAGAGACGCUUCAUCCAUAUUCCCUUAAUGUCAUACAGAAACAGCCCUUCCUACUUCCUUGUAAAACUCCGAUCUGUGACUUAAAAAGUUUUUUCACAGUCCAUAAAAUAUAUUGGAACACUGCAGAUUUUACUUGACCCUGUAAUGUAAAGCAAUUUCUAAAUGUGGCCAUCCUGCCUUUUUAUCCCACCCACUUUUAUUAAUAGUUGAAAGGCAUGGCUUUAUAACCAGUAAACCAGAUGUUUAACAUGAAUAAAUAUGUUUAGUUAUGGUAGCCUAUUAUUCAUAUAUAUUAGGUAUUAUAAAACUUGACUUUUGAAUUUGGAAUUUCAUUUUUACUGUAUGUCUGACAUUCCAAAAACUUAAGAGCCAUGAUCUAAAUCAGGCAUGUCAAACUCAAAGGCUAGCAAGGGCCAAAUAAACAAGGUUUAAGUUUAUGUGAGCCGCAAAAAAAACCAAAAACUAAAAUUUUCAUAGAAACGUAGGUUUAUUUUGAAAAGUACAGUAUAAAAAAAAAACCAGCGACCCCCUCAUCUACUAAAUCACAGUCCCCCACUCAUCUACUAAAUCCUAGUCCACCCCUCUACUAAACCACUGCCCCUGUUUAAAAAAAAAAGAAAAAAAAAAAAAAAAGAAACUGUAACGGAUCACCUGGCACCCCGACUGGGUACCUCCGUUGAAAGAUGCUCCUAGCGCUUCUUGAGGAUUCCAAGCACUCCAGCCGACACCAUAACCACCAUAGACUCCUUCAGAGAGCAAGACAGGAACAAGCUCUUACAAGAGCUCAGUGAUUAUAGCAAGGGAAUAUGCAGAGCAUAGCAAUCCCUUGUAGCAGAAUCCCCCAAUAAAAGACCGGACUCAGAUUGAGGGUGAAGUAGAACUGACUGUACUGGCACAUACAGCCUCUUUUAUUCACAAUCCACAAACAUAGUACUGCCCACAGGGUUUUGAAAUACAACCAAUCAAUCCGUACAAUACAGACAGACACUCCCACACAAAAUCCUCCACUCUGCCUGUGAUAUGAUUACUGAACACAAUGGUUAAUAUAAUUAUCACAGGCAGAGAAAUACAAUUUUUACAAAAUAUUAAUAACUUCAAAAAUAUACAUGCCACAAAAAUAAAAUUACAUAUUCGAACUCAGCACACUUUAAUUAUCAAAAUAUCCAAAAUUCAGCCAAUUCCAUACAGGGGUUAAAAAGUUAGCUGGAGGUCCCUUUUUGACCGACAUUUUCAUGCCCAAAACAGUUCCAUAGAUUUGGGCUGUGCGGUCGGUCUAUUUCAGGCUGAAAAAACGACUAAGUCCCAUCGCCGAAUGGGACUUAGUCUCUGCGACUGCAAAAUCAUUGUGGGAGAAGGUAAGGCUCAGCGGUGUUCGCAGAACUGUGUAGCCGAUAUCAGUUCCAUGAAUUUGGCUCCACACACCGCUGACCGCAUUGAAUAAAAAAAUAUGGCCACCGUCACGUGUUGGUUUGCACGAACUGCGGCCACCCAGCGUUCGGCAAUUUACCUACAGCAGGCUCCCAGCCUGGGAGGUAAAUUGCCUGCACACUUCCAGUUCUGGGUGGUCGGUCUGUGCAGUGAAUGGCUCGGUAAGCCCGAAUUACCGAACCAUAAGGGAAAAGGCCAUUUAAAAGUUAUUUCCAAAGUCUGGGGACAUUGGGGACACCAUCUUAAAGGGGCAGUGUCCCAAACACGUCUGGGGACACAGUUUUAAAGGGGCCUUGUCCCAAAUUUUCGCCAUGCCCCAAAAUGGUUCUUAAUGGGCUAGCAGCACCAUACAAAUCCAAUAUGCCCAAAUAUUGUACUUAAAGGGCCACAUCUUCUCGGGACCAUAAUCACUGGGUAGGAGGUGGGCCAGCAGCCCCCUCCAAGAAUACAUGGCAAACUCCGUUAAAGGGGCGAGUUUGCUACAAAAACAUUAGCCAACAAGCAGUGUCCGGAGUCCGGCCUCUGGUAUACCCCCAUUGACCCUAUCCGCACCCUAAAAAAGCGGAUCUUCCCGUUACUCCUUGAAACCCUUACACACCCUCACUGACACACACAGCCAGCCAUACACACACACACACACACACACACACACACACACAGUCAGCCAUACGCGCGCACACACAAACACAGCCAGCCAGCCAUACACGCGCACACACACAUACAUUUUCCCCCGACAAUUUUUUAAUUUAAAUCCACCCAGCCUCCCUACCUUUGGGAGAGUGGGGUGGAUUUCUUACCUGGGGUCUAGUGGAGCUGCUGGGCAGGAAGGCGAACAGGCAGCAAGGUAUCUGUGAUCUCCCUGCUCGGAUCCCUUGCGCGCCGCAGAGUGAUGCCUGGGGCCGGAGUGACGUCAUAUUCCGGCUCCCGGCGUCACUGCGGGCCGCAAGGGAGCUGAGCAGGGAGAGCUCAAAAUCAGCUCUCCCUCGCCGCAGGCUGCAAAGAUAUUCCUGAUGCCUGACAUGCCUGAUCUAAAUGGACUUGAAAAGUGUACAAACUAUGCGUUUAAAUCACAAAACAACAGCGUGUGACAUGUCUGUCUGUGUUUGAAUGUCAGAGUUUACCUUGAUCUAUUUAUAAUCGCAUUUGAAAAUGUUAAAAAAAGUGUAAACUUGUGCAAUAAAAUACUUUUUAUUUUAUUGCUACAGGAAGUCUGCAUAUUCUAAUGCACAGGAAGCUGCAAAUAGUUUAUUUCCAUCUGUAUGUUUUUGGUCACUGACCAUUAUUUAGAAUCAAAGCUAUAUUCUAUUUGACUUUAAGCAGUAUUCUGUUCUCUGUUUCUCAUGUAAAAUGCAAUAUAAGGCAAAUCUCACAAUGUUCUCAUACACAGUCUUAUUUUUGUGUGCUGUUUACUGUAAGGGACACUCCAAGUAUUAUACUAACUUUGUUACAACUGGCUUUGUGUGCCCAUAACCAAUUGUCAGAGACAAAUAACUUCAGUGCCUAUAGGUCCCUCCACAUUAGCACAUUAGCAACAUUAUUUGAGACAAGAGUCAGUUCUCUCUGCUUAUGCUGCAUCCAGUGCCUUUAUCCCUAGCUCUUUAUAGGUAGUGUCUCUUCUCCCCACCCACCUUUUGUAAUAAAAGUUUAAUAAAUAAAAUAUUUACUUUUUUCAACUCCUAAGAAUACUUCAGUGCUGCUUAGCUCUCCGCCUCCCAUGACGUCUUAUUCCAACCCAAAGUUCCUUAUAGUGGAGCAUGGGGGUAUCCAAGCUUUCUCUUAGGAAAGCAUUGAAUGUAUGCUUUCUUAUGGGGGCUUCUGCGUCAUGUGACCAUUUUUAUGCUCAGUGCCACUAAGCAUCUCUAGUGACUUUCAUUACAACAGGCCCUAGAGGAGAAUUUAACCCUGUAGUGUGAACAUUGUAUUUUCUUUAUAACUGCAAUGUUUUACCUUGAAUGGUUAAAAGGAAGUGACCACUGCUCCCAGUCUACUUCGUUGAGAUGAAGUGGCCUGGGUGACUUUAGUGGUCCUCUAAAGCGGCAUUGUCGCCAUCUGAGGACUUUGCAGAAUUUGCAGAGACUCCUGGCUGUGACAUAGCUACUGGUGGUCCAGUGCCUGCGGAAGGGCAGGUAAAGGUGAGAUUUACUUACCUGAAUCUGCCCCUCACAGGCAAGGCCGUCUUCCUCCAACUGGUCCUUUUUCAGCUCCUGGCGCUUAAGCAUAUCUCUUUAUUUCUCAGUGCCUCUUUAAAGGGAUCCGAUAGUGCCAGAAAAACAAGCCCGUUUUCCUGGCAAUAUAGGCUCUUGGAGUGCCCUCCUCCCUCGGGGCCCCCCUCCCCUUCAGCCACUUACCUUAAUCCAGUGCCAGGCUCCCUCGGCACUGGUGACUUCUCCUCCCCUGCCGACGUCAGCUCCCGAGUGGAACCGAAUGCGCAAACGUGGCCAGAGGCAUGCGCAUUCAAUCCUGCCCAUAGGAAAAAACUCAAUGCUUUCCUAUGGGGAUCUUAUUUGACGCUGGACUCAAUGAGGACGUCCAGUGUCAAAUAAGUGUGAUUUACUCAGUGUAAAUCGUGGAAGCGCCUCUAGUGGCUGUCAGGGAGAGAGCCACUAGAGGCUGGAUUAACUCUGCAGUGUAAACAUAGCAGUUUUUCUGAAACUGCUAUGUUUUCAACUGCAGGGUUAAAACUAGGGGGACCUGGCACCCAGACCACUUCAUUGAGCUGAAGUGGUCUGGGUUCCUAUAGUGGUCCUUUAAUAUUAUUUAGUAAACUUUCUGUUACAUAGACCCAUGCUACUUGCAUCCACUCCAGCCAUCGUUUCAACUGCCCAUCCAACUGUGCUGGGAGAAUGGUUAGCAGACUGAUCAUUUGACAUAAAAAGCUUAAAAACUUUGUUGUCCAUGUAGAAUCCUGAGUCUUUGUUUGUCUAAAAUUAUUAAUACCAUAAUAUUUCAGUAUUCCAUUUUAAUACAACCUAUAUAACAUUUGUCUACAAAAAAAAGGAAAAGGCUGACGAUAAACUGUCCCAAUGUCCUAACCAGAUUUAAGCAUACUUGAUGUCUGCUUAUUACCAACUGCUUCCCGUUGUACAAGGCUACAGAAUAUAUUGAUGUCAUAUCAGUGUAAUCGAAAUUAAUUGAUUGUAACUCAUUUUGGGCACCUAUUAUUCCUACAUAUUAAACAUAUUUUGUCAAAAUUGUGUUGUUUUACCUAUUGUACAAUGUUGCAUAAUAUGUUGGCGCUAUAAUAAAUAAUUGUAAUAUAUGCUAUGUUAAUAUGACAGGGGAAAGGCUGCACUGUCACACUGCAUCGUGUUCUAUUUUCUAAGCAAGAAGAAUGACCAUGUGUUAUGUACUAGCAGAGAGACAGAAGGGAAUCUCUAAAUCUGUUCUUCCUACCACAUUCAGGUUACUAUGCCAAUGACUAAGUGUGCAUUGAAGUGUAUCGUUUCAAAUUUAAAUACGCAUUGCAUAUAAACUGUUCACAGAGCGGGGAUCUAGAAGGAUUGAGAUAUAGCAAAAUCAAUAGGACGAAAAAGCACAUUUGCUACUGCUUAGCUUGUUGGGGGCAUUAUUUGAGAAGCGUUAAGUAGGUCAGGGUUAUAUAACCUGAGAGUGGUCUGGGUGCCUGUAGUGUACCUUUAAGCCUAUUAUUUAAAACAGUGUUUUUGGUGUUUCUGAGAGGAGUAUGUUAAGUCGGGCAAAACUUGGACAAAGACGUCUAUGGCAUUUGUUUGGAGAGAGAUGUACUUAGUUUGGGUCUAACACUCUACUUUCUGCUGGAGACGUCAUAAUGAGAUGUUUCCGCUUGUACAGCAUGAUCAUAUAUUGCACAAUCACACUAUCCAGUUAAAGCCAGUGAGUACUAUGGUACAGCGUUAAGCAACCUUCGGCACUCUAGAUGAUGUGGACUACAUCUCCCAUGAUGUUUUUACAGCCAAAACAUUGGCAAAGCAUCAAGGGAGAUGUAGUCCACAACAUCUGGAGUGCCAAAGGUUGCCUAACCCUGGGGAGGAUAACACUAUGCAAAAUCAUCAAUGUUUUCUGAAGCACAAACUGCAGCUGAAUCCACAUAUACCCAAGUGCGGAACACUUCAAUGUAUGCUGACGUCAAAAAAUCUUCUGCAUGAACACAGGAACCUAAGUCAAACGCAAUAAUAGACAUCUGGGGCUAGUUGGGUGUCGGUAUCAUAGUCGGGACCUAUAUCGGAGACUCUUACCUUAGGUAGCUCUAAUUAGUUAUGAAAUGUCUAGCAUUGUUGAGUUUUGUUAAGUGUUAUAUUUUAUCUUUUAUGUGUGGACACGUACUGCCCACCAAAACAGAAACAGUGACACUGCACGGCACAAUAGAACCUUGACUUAACUUGUAAAACCGCUUAUCUUCUGUAUUAUGCAAUGUUAGCCUCAAUCACUAUUGGCCCCUGCGCGAGCCACUGUAUACUGCAAUGCCGUAAUAUGUGUCGAACCAAAAAUAAAGAAUUUUAAAAAAUAAAAAUAAUAAUCUUCUGCAUGGAUAAUAAACCAAAUGUCCUCUUCAUAACAACUUUAGAAUAGGGGGUGAGUUUAGGAUGCCAGGGUCCAGUGUAUGUUUUGUUCUUCUCCCCUCAAAUUAUUUUUUAAGGAUUCAUGAAUACAAUCUCUCUAUACUAUUGCUUUAGAUCAUUUUUGUUGCCAGAUAUUAUAAGCCUUUUUAGCAUUUCUCCAAAUAUUUUAGCAGUGUAAGAGUAUAUUAUCCUUAUUGUAUGAAAACAUUGGCAAUAGCACAAUGGAAACUACAACUGUUUUUUGAAGUGUACUUGAACUGACCUUUUUCUACAGCAUGUUGUGAAUAUAGCCGUUGUUAUGGAAAGACUUGAUCGUUUUGCCACCUGUAAACUAAAGUGGAAGGAAUGCAUUAAAAAGAUUACUUUUUAUUAACAGCAUUUCAUUUGUUUCCCUUUUUUUUAUUGUAGAUGAAAAUGACAAGGUUUUGCUGAAACAAGAGGAAGAGGAGGAAGAAGAGGAGGAUGAAAAAGACAAGAAGAGUGUAGCUAGAACGGACGAUUUAGUAAAUCAAGCGCCACCUGAUCCUGCCUCGCCUCCAGCCCCUGCACCCCCUCCACCCCCACCCCCACCUCUCCCAGCCCCUGUGGCCAUCAUUCCCCUCUCUGUAGUAACCAGCACUCCUCAACCAGUAGUCCAAAAACCUUUGUCACCCCCUGUAGUACAGCGUCACCCACCUGUGAUUAGCCCGCCUGUUCUCAACAAAGAAGUGCCCAUAGCUCCUGUCAUCCAACGACCUGCAGGCCCAAUGCUCCCGGACAUCAAAACAACCCCUCUCAGUAUAGGAAGCCCUAAGCAGCUGCACCAUUACCAGGCACCAGUGCUGGCAAUUACACACCAUCACCUAAUGCAGCAACAACAACCGCCGCAGCAGCCACACCAGCAGCCACACCAGCAGCAACCUAUACAACCCCAGCCUACAGCUCUACCGCACCCCCAUCAGCCACCUCCACCUCAGGCGUUGGGUGCCCUACGGCUUCCUACACUAGAUGAUGGAAGGCCGAAUGAACAGAGGAGAAGGCCUGGAGGGUAAGGCAUAAAAUGGGGGUUAUUAGGAGCCUUUUAGUGAGUAGCAGCCAUUAUUUUUCUGAUAAGAUCCGUUGACUGGGAACUAUUUUCAUAACUGAAUGUAAUUAUGAACUAUUAGAUGGAUAUGGGGGAAUAUAGUGAACAAACAAAAACAAGUUGGCAGAUUACCAUCGUAUCCCAUUCCAACGUAGAACACGUGUUUGUUUUUUAUAAUGUUAAUGUGUGAUGGGGUAUAAUAAUAAUAAUAAUACUUGUAUUGGACAAUAAUAAAGUGCAGCACUGUGCAAUUAUUUCUAUAGAAAAUGUAUUAGUUUGAAAAACCAAUGCAUAAUCAACAUAACCAAUGCAUAAACCUGCAUUUUGGCAGUAAAGUCUACCUAUUAACAUCGCAUGUCUCUGCACCUGUGUUAAGUGCAUUGGAUGAAAAAAAAUUGGACUACUGCAAAGAAAAGGGCUAAUUCUAAGGAAAAGUUCUAAAGGUGGAGCAGUUACUAAGAACAUUCUAUUGGUUUCCAUGGAGACUACUCCACUUUUAUAUCUUCGCCCCAGAAUUACUCUUUAUAGAUAACCCCUUGCGCAUUUUAGUUUUUCUCAGAGAGUAGAGUAAUUGAGAAGUGAUUCUGGGUUUUACCCUAGGGAUAAAUGGCUUAAUGUGACUUUCUUCCAAGAAUUAGUGGUUCUUUGUCUUUACAAUUUUUUUAAACACAGGCAAAUUAGGGAGUUUACAAUGACCUAAUGCACAUUUAUUUAGGAUAGUUGUUCACAUUGAAAUCUUGGGAAGCACUACUCCUACAGCUUUGGAAGAUAUCAACAUAACAGAAUAUUUUAAAAUGUGUAUUAAAGGACAACUCCAAAUAUCAGUUUAUUAAACAGAUUAUUGUAGUAGCUCUCUCCAAUUUAUAAUUGUUUGAAGGAAAAAAUGAAACCUCCCUUAAAGAAAUCUAGGAAAAGAACUUGCUCAUGAGCAUUACUGUUAAUUAAGUCCUUCUUUUUAAGCUUGUGUGCGUGUGAAAGACGUAGAUUGCGUGUUUGCAAUGUUUCUCACUUUCGUUUUUAAAAUUAACCUGCCAUGACAGACAGGUUCACUUAAUUUCAUUUAUAGCCUUAAGUAAUAAAUAUAUACUUUAUCAUUAAUGAUAUAUUUUAUUGCUUAAUUAGCUCUUAUCAAAUGCAUUACCUCUGCUCUAGUGCUGUUGCCACAAUGUUGGGUUAGUUUCUCUACAUUACUCUAAUGUAUUGCACAACCCCCAUUCCUCAUUCCUUCCUGACCCCCCAUCUUCAUGAUUUUUCCUGCAUUGGGAAAACGUCUAAAAUCAAGGUGUUCCUCUUAUGUCAUCAUCACCCAGCGCACGAGUGUUUCAAUGAAAUGACACCUGUCUCUUUGUUCCUAUAUAAAUAAAGGGGAGUGUGAGAUGCAAUCGCACCUCUUAAUAUUCAGAGCAACUACUGCAAGUUCGCUGUAGUUGCUGUGAGGAAGCUCAUUGGAACCACCAAGUUGAGGCAAAAAUAAUUUGACAUUUUGUUUAACUCUUAUUGAAAACUGCAAGACAAAACUAUUAGAAAAAUCAAUUUAAAUGACAAAAAAUACGAUUUAUCAGAUCAUCACAACCUUUUCAAAGCAUGUUUAGCAUCGAUCACUGAUGAUUGACUUUCACCUCACCCAGUAUAUUCGAUGGUAAUGAUUCUUGUGUAUUGUAUACAACUAAUUUUCUGCUAUUUCGUUUGUAUAGAUAAACGGAUAGUUUAGGUACUGUGACCACUUAAGCUUCUCUUAGGGUUAUUCACUGAAGCGACAAUUUCAGAGCUAAUUUCAAAGUGAAUUUCAAACUUUUUCUAAUUUGCCUAUUUUGGCCUACAUUUUAGAUUCACUUUGAUUUCUUAGCUGGAUGGUUUCUACAGGUAUAUGUAACUACUGGUUCUUUUAUUGACAGGAGAUCGGUUCUGCUUUAAAGCCUUUUUUCAGUCAGAUGUAAGGCUGCAGGGAGAGUGUCCUGGCACCAUAAUCGCCUGCCAGAGAGGUGUGGAUAUUAUAAGUGAUUGUUAUUUUUUUUAGUGUGUCCUUUUUAAAGUGGUCCUUUUUCUUUAUGUAUUAUCUAGCAGCCUGAAUUAAGACUUCAUUUUGUACAAGGUGCUGGUCUUUAGAUAAAAAUACUUAGUUGGAAAAGAUAAUGUCCAAUACAAUCAGACACCCACUAUCACUUUCUCUUUCACUUUGCAGAGAAAAUACUGUGCUUUAACCUUUGGAUGGAAGCUAAUCAUGCACUGUGCAUAAUAACUACAAAAACAAAACAACAAAACACUUACGCAAUUAUUUAAACAUAGACUACAUUAUCUUGAAGCCCGUAUUAAAUGAUCUUCAAAAUGCCAGCAGUAUAUUAAAAAGCAGCCACCCUAUUUGCUGAGCUCCUGUAUAUUUUUUAGAAGAUUUUAGGACCCAUAAUAAAGUGCAGCUACUGGCAAGUGAGAAUUUAGCUCCUAUGAGUAGAAAUUUACCACUGGUGAGUCUGCCAGGAGUCCUUUAGGAGUGCUGCGGCGAGUAACUUUAAAGGAACGCUAUAGCAUUAGGAAUACAAACCUUUUCUCCCUUGCAGGUCUAGUCUCCUCGGGAAGAAUCCAAUUAUUUUCUAACGCAUUGGGGAGGUUAAGGUGCAUGCACAGCAAAAUGCAGCGCUGCGCUAAUAAGAUGGUCCCUUUGAGCAUGUAUGGCACCAUCUUGACACCAAGAACUUGUACUGUUACCAGUGGCAAUCCCAUGUCAAGCAUUUGCAGUGAAACCUUGGUUGUCCUAGAAUAUCCAAAACAUAGGUUUGUUGGGAGUCCAGUAAGCAUAAAAUAAUGACAAUUUGACUGUUUGGCCUUCGUCAGGCCUUUGUUGUCCUGUCUGCAUCACAAAAAUUAUGCAGGCUUGUUUGUUUUCUUUUUGGCUCACUCUUGCGUCCUAAGUUAGGUCCGGUUGGUGCUUGGUUAUUUUGAUACUUGGGUGCUUCAUAAAUCUCAGCUGACUGCAUUCCUGCCUUUCGGUCCUCUCCUUUUUUACCUCACUUUCAGUAUCCUGCCUUCACACAUUGGUGUCUGAUCACCAGUAAUCAGUAUUCAGUAGACUUUGACUCUUUGCUGCUUGUCCACACCAUGCGACUAGACUUGACCAUGAUUUUGGUUCCGUUAUCUUUAGACUCCUUGGUUUUCUGGCCUUGGUCACAGAUCCCUCACAGAUUUAUUAUUUUUCCAUUGCUUGUCAAGUCCUCUGUGCUGUCACUCUCUCUUUUCAGGAGUUUAUCCCCAUUCCAGGUUUUCCAUGGAAGUACGGUAGUUUUUUUGUAUUGGUGUCCUCUACUCAGCUUGUGACUUCCUAUUGAACAAUUCAAAGAUGAAAAGUACGAUGGCCGUUACAUGGAGGUUGCAAGAUACCAGCACUAAUCAUUUGUAAUUCAGUUUUGCUAUAGCUAUAACAGUGUGUUGUGUCCUCUUCAGUAUGGUCCUUUUCAGCUGCUUUGAUGCAACAUCACUGCUGUAUUCUUGCACAUGCAAAAUCCGCAAGAUGCUCCAAAUGACAGUGAGGGCAGUAGCUCCAUCCAGUGUCAAGUAGUGUUGGGUGGAGGAUAAAUAUUGAGACAAAGUGUAUCUUUUAACUGUGUUGGAAUUAGAUACAAUAUGAGUAUUUCAUAAAGGUUUGUUUCCUUAAUGUGGUUUAGUCACCUUCUGGGGUCUGUGUAUAUUUUGCAAAGAUCCCCAGUGGUGACAAUGUUGCUUGGUGUGGGGUGACCUAUGCGUGCAGCAGAGGGGAGAUAAACUUGCCUGAUGCUGUUCCCUGGGCAACCCCACAAAAUUUCCUGGCAUAUGUGAGAGUACAACACUGAUGGCUAUGGAUUAGACCAUGGGGAUUCUCAAUAGAUAUUCUCUCACGAUGAGCACGUUAAUGUCUUCCUGUCCCAGUCGUUGCUAGUGAAGGUUGUGGGAAUUUGCAAACUGUGGCGGUGGUAUCUUUUUUAAAGGAUCACUAUAGGGUCAGGAACGCAAACGUGUAUUCCUGACCAUAUAGUGUUAAAACCACCAUCUAGCCCCCUGGGCCCCUAAUGCCUCCAUAAAUAUAGUAAAAAACUUACUGUAUUCAAGCCAGAAGCUGUAACUCUGCAUGCAGUUUGCCUAAAAAAAAACAAGCAGUCUGCUGACAUAAUCAGAAGUCGUAGCCUGAUCCAAUCACAAUGCUUCCCCAUAAGACUGGCUGAAACUGACAAAGAGGCAGAUCAGGGGCAGAGCCAGCAUGAUUCAAACACAGCCCUGGCCAAUCAGCUUCUCCUCAUAGAGAUUAAUUGAAUCAAUGAAUCUCUAUGAGGAAAUUUCAGUGUCUGCAUGCAGAGGGAGGAGACACUGAAUGUUUGGAUGCAUUUUAGGCAGCCAUGGCCCAGGAAGGAUCUCUAACAGACAUCUGAGGAGUGGCCAGUGAAGUUAUCACUAGGCUGUAAUGUAAACACUGCAUUUUCUCUGAAAAGACAGUGUUUACUGCAAAACGUCUGAAGGUAAUGGUUUUACUCACCAGAACAAAUUCAAUAAGCUGUAGUUAUGGUGACUAUAGUGUCCCUUUAAGUUUUGUUAACUGUUGGAGAAAUACAGAGCACAAAGUAGUCCCUACUUUGUCAUAUAUUUUGACUGGUUUAGAAUAUUAGUGGCAUUCCAACAGAGUUUAUGAGCAUUUCAUAUAGAUUUUUUUUUUCUUUAUGAAAUGCUCAAAUUUGGGGUGGGGGUAAAGGGAUCUGCCGCUUUUAAUGAUUCACAAUAUGAUGGUAUUUUGUAUGGGAAGCAUAUAACGUAGUACAAUACAGCAAUUCUAAAACUUUGGGAACAACUGUGCAACCCUGUGAAUAGCUUUCAGGCAAACAAGAAAAAUUAACUAGAACUAUUGAUAUUAGAACUAUUUUUGAUGCACCCAGUUAGCGAUUACAAUAAUGGCUAAAUGGCAGCAUUCCAGGAACACAACAAAGUAAUUUAGGGAUGAAAAACUGUAUUGUGAAAACACUCCUGUUAAAUUUAUAGACUAAUCUUGUGGAGCUUUCGUUGAAUAAAAACCUGAAUCUUCCUAUUAUUUUUUUUUUAUCCUACUUUAAGAACAGAUUGGUUUAGUUCGGUCAACUAUUGUAUGUUGUGGUUAAAGUUUUCUGAGGGAGGGAGUUAUGUUACCUUUUUGUACUUUCACUUUUCUAAAAUGAUUUUACCAGUAUCCAAAAACAAUUGUUGUGGUUUAGACAAUGCAGGCACCAUAACCAUUACAGUCCACUGUGGUGGUUAUGGUGCCAGGAGUCUCCUGGACCCAUCCCACCGCAAGUAAUCAGACUGUAUUUAAUUGGUUUGACACGUAUCUGGAUGCCUCGUAUCCGGCCUUCUUUUCUUAUAUAUCUAAAGCAGAUGUUCCCCUUCUGCAACAGAUAUAGCCCUAUAACUUUUGGCCCUAUUUGGUAAAAUGAAUUGACUGCUUGAUGUCAUUACUUAUAUCUACUUUAGAUAAAUUAAAAAAAGGAGGGUAUAACCGGGGGAACCUCAGGCAACCCACGUAAGUGUCAAAAUGGUCAAAAACAAUUUGACUGCUUUUCAUGUGAUGACUCCAAAGGACCCCUGACUCCAUAACCACUGCAGUAAGCUGUAUUGGUUAUUGUGACUAAACUACCCCUUUAAACAAAACAAGUUCUAACUGGUAAAAAUGGGCAGGGGUGGGGGGUUUAACAAAAUAAAUAAGUGUUUUUUGUUGUUGAAGGAAGCACUGCUAUUGGCACCUCUUGUGAAAUACACUACAAAAGAUGAAAACAAAAUAAGAAGCCCCUGUUGUGGCUGUGGAGACUGCCUAUAAACACACAGCCUUGGACAGCCAUAACCAACUUUGGCACUGCAGUUGUUAGGGAAUUACAUUUCCUUUAAUACACAUUUAGGCUGACAAGAAUGGGAAAUGUAGUUCACAAACAUCUGUAGUGCGUAUUGGUUCUUAUUGGCUAGAAAUUUACAAUAAUGGCACUGCUGCAAACAGGAAGCUUCACAAAACAGCCCAACUAGAGUCAAAGGAGAAGACAAUUCAACUCUAGCUGUUUUCCUUUUUUUUUCUUCACGAAACUCUGUUCCCUCCACGUCUGGAAGAAGUUGUCUUUUGGGGGGGAACAACAAUAUAUCAUUUCAUUUUACGAUUAACAAAUUACUUUAAAUGCACAUUAAUGCCUAUCCUGUUCGAAUUAUAUAAACUAAAGAAGGGGUUUGUGUUUCACCGAAUCCUAAAGUUCUCUUUUUUUUUUUUUUGGUUUUUUUUAUUUUUAUUUUUUUUUUCUUUGUGUGCAGGGCUGGUACCCGGGAAGUCCAUAAUAAAUUGGAGAAGAACAGGUGUGUAUAAAGCCCAGACCCUGUUUCUUGGAUAAACUCUUAAUUACCACUAUAUCAAAAAGAUGUACAUGGUAUGCCUCUGUUAGCUUUUUUUUAGUCAAUAGAAUUUAAAUCAGUAGGCAUGUCUCUGCCUAAGUUUUGCCGUUAUCUGUAGGUUAACACCUUCAGAGUAGUAUUAAAGUGAUGGGUAACCCCUAUCUCCCCUGUACACUACAAUCCAUAUGAUAUACCUAAGUGUACUGCAGGUUAAUGUAUUGGUUGCUUGAGCAUAUGAAACUUGUUUGCAAUUCAGCAAAUUUCUCUUGUCUUAAACGGGAUAAAAGCUAUUUUUUUAUUAUAGCAAUCCUAAUGCCUCUUUCAUUUAGCGCUGGAAGAAUUGCCAACAGCUUUCCUAGGAAAUUGGGUUUGGGCAACAGCAAUUCCAUUUAGGCAUUGAUAGCAUGCUUUCUGGAUUUUUGUGGCUAAGCUGUUUCUUGUCUUGUGGUUUUGUUUUUUUUUGUGUUAGAUUUUUUUUUCUUUUAUUCCACGAAUCUAUGUUCUGCUAACCUGGGUGAGAUGCUUUUUUUCUUUUGUUUUGUUUUUUUUUCUUUCUUUUUUUUUUUUUUUUUUUCUUAAUCUCAUGGUGUGAACAUACCCCAAAAAUCCAAGGCCAAAACUUGUGUUUUGGUUUUCUACCUGCAAAUUAUAGGUGGACAUGCAAUCUGGAACACCAGUAGCGUACCAAGUACUUUUCAUUCUGCCAGUCAAUGUUUUCAAUUAAAAGUGUUUUUUUUCCCAACUUCACUCGAGAUUUAUAAAUCGAAAUGAUGAAAGAAUUUGGACUUUGCCAAAAUAUUGUCAUGAAACUACUGUUUUGGUUCGUGGCAUUAAUCCCUGCCCAUGUUCGUCUGAGCUAUAAUCUUGACUGCUUUGUAUGAAGUCUUUAAUUUUAUAUGUUGCACAGCGAAAAAAAUCCUGUUAAUGGUUUUUGUUCUUUCUAUCCCUCUCCCCUUGUUUUGUGUACAGUAUAUGUAUGAACUCUUAAUCACUAAGCUUUCUGGGAUAGCUGACCUGCUUCUCUAUCCCAUAGGCGGGCACACCUAAAGGAAUGCUUUGAAACGUUGAAAAGAAACAUCCCCAAUGUGGAUGACAAGAAGACAUCGAACCUCAGCGUGCUACGAAGUGCUUUGAGAUAUAUCCAGGUAGGACUGUUACAUUUUUAAAGAUGUAGUGCAAAAGGUUGAUCCUCCGCUGUUGUCAAAGUACACUAUAGGCACGAAUACAAUUUUAGCUUAAUUAAGCAGUUUUAGAAACAUAGAAUGUGACGGCAGAUAAGAACCAUUCGGCCCAUCUAGUCUGCCCAAUUUUCUAAAUACUUUCAUUGGUCCCUGGCCUUUUCUUAUAUCUAGGAUAGCCUUAUGCCUAUCCCACGCAUGCUUAAAAUCCUUCACUGUGUUAACCUCUACAACUUCAGCUGGAAGGCUAUUCCAUGCAUCCACUACCCUCUCAGUAAAGUAAUACUUCAUGAUAUUAUUUUUAAACCUUUGCUCUCUAAUUUAAGACGAUGUUGUGGUAGUCUCCUCCUUUACUGUGUUGAUUCCUUUAUGUAUUUAAAUGUUUCUAUUAUAUCUCCCCUGUCUCGUCUUUCCUCCAAGCUACACAUGUUAAGAUCCUUUAACCUUUCCGGGUAUGUUUUAUCCUGCAAUCCAUGAACCAGUCCAGUAACCCUUCUCUGAACGCUCUCUGAAGUAUCAAUAUCCUUCUGGAGAUACGGUCUCCAGUACUGCGUACAAUACUCCAAGUGAGGUCUCACCAGUGUUCUGCACAAUGGCAUGAGCACUUCCCUCUUUCUACUGCUAAUACCUCUCCCUAUACAACCAAGCAUUCUGCUAGUGCAACUUUUAAAUAAUCCCAUUUCUCUUGGACUCCAUUUAAAUUGCUCCAGUCUGAUAAUGACUCCUUUACACAUAUUUUAAUUUUAGAAAAGUCUGUUUUUCUAAAGUCUAAAACUUUUGUUUUUGUGUGGUGUGACUCAGUCAUUGUUCUUUGGUACAUAGUUUGUGCAGUGAGCCUGCAGGGGCAUGAUAUAGACCAGGGGUAGGCAACCUUUUAGCAGUACUGUGCCAAAAUAAGAUUGUGAUGUCCCGUAGCGUGCCGGUCCUAUAUUUUUAAAUUGAAGUGUGUAUGUUGCCGUAUUCUGCUUGUGUUAUUUAUACUGCAGUUGCUUUGCACUGUUGUAUUUGUGCAUAUGUGGAGUGUUAUAUUGUAUAUGUUCAUUAGUAGUUUGUGGUAUUAUUGUGUAUGAUACCUAUGUAUGGGGGCUGCUUGAUAAAUUGAGUGUGUUGAUGGACAUGUCACAUUGUGUGUUUGGUGGAGUGUGUAUGUGAGAGGUGUGAAUGUAUAUGGAUUGUUAGUGGUGGUGUGUUUGUGCUGACUUUGUGUGUGAGCUGUUCGUAUUAUUUGUAUGAGGGGAGGGUUAUUCUGCAUCUCUGUGUAUAUCUAGCUGUGUGGGUGGCUUCCCUGGGUUCCAGUGGGGACCGUGCUGGCCAGGUACAGGUCAAUGGCAGGAAAUGCGAUAGCUGCUCCUCUACUCCAGUGCAGAUUCCCAUUCACAAGUGUUGGAAUAAGUUAUUUGAGAUCAUUUGCUCUACGUGCUGCAAUGCAGAAAUUGAUAAUUGUCCCUCACCACCUUUUCGCAUUAGCAGAUAUCUGAAGUUCCAGGCCAGAGAGGCUUGUUUAGCUCUAGCAGCCUUGAGUGCCGUGCAAAGAUAUACCUUGAGUGCUGGGCAUGGCACACAUGCCAUUGGUUGCCUACCCCUGAUAUAGACACACAAUUUUCUUCAUUAAGCUAAAGUUGUUUUGAUGCCUAUAGAAUCCCUUUAAAGCAGAGUUUUUUUAGUUUAAAAAAAUAAAUAUAUAUAUAUAUAUUUAUUUAUUUUUAUUAUUUUUUUUAAUUAUUGCUAUUAUUAUUAUUUUUUUUAAAUGUAACUAUUGCUCCCUGACAUAUUUAAUGUGUAACCUUACGCUUUCAAUGCUUGAUUAGCUUUAAAAAUCUUAUAUCACCCAAUAAUCUAUUACCAGAAAAAAGAAUAGCGACUAUGAAUACAGAAUAAAACAGUAAACUUGAGGUGCUAAACUUAGGGAAACUCCAGAUUUAUCUAAACAAUGUUAUAGAUGUCAGUCUACCUGAUGAGAAGCUAAUUAUAUUACAGCAAUUUUGGAUAAUCCUCCAAACUACCACCUAUUUAAGUUUCUAUGUAUAUGGAUUGUUUAUUAAAGAGAAGAGGUACAGGUAAAAUUAUGUACCCACCCACAAAGCUAAUUGAUAAGAUGAAAGUGGUGAGACAGGCAUAGAAACCCGGAAUAUGGGUCGGGGGAAGAGAUAUUUCAAGGACUUGAACCAGAAACUGUAAUUAUACAAACAGUGGAUAAUGGAAUGGGCAGCAAUCAUCAGAUGCUUCUCAUAAAGAAAUGUGAGAAGCAUUCAAAGUGUUAGGCGGUAUUACAUUUAAUGAUCUCUGCCAUGGAGGAGGAGCUAGCCACAGCUUGGGAGAAAAGGUGAGUAAAAUCACCUUUUCAGCGCAUGUGGAGAGGGACGGGAACCUAAACAGCCAUACGAGGAUGAUCGUAUCCCUUAAACGAAAAUGCAUUAAUUCAACAUAGGUAUCUUGUACGCUUUGUAGCCGAAUGGUUUCUCAGGUCUUAGGUCAGAAUUGCUGGUAUUUCUCUUUAUGUGUACUCUUUCUGUCUUUUCUCAAAGCAUGGACUUUAAACACAGCCAUGCAUUGAAUAUAUUGACAAAGGGCCCUGAUUUUUCACAGGAUUUACAAUAGAUGGAGAAACAGUAAUUUAUAUACACCAUAAAGCUGUCAUCGGUUCCCCUCCUUUAGUGUUUUCAUCCUUCUUCAUAUGCCAGCUGUGUGCCUUCCUCUAUUGCACCCUGUGCCAGAAUCUAAGAAUAUAACUAUUGGUAGUAGAUUAUUAAGACUUUAUAUUGGGAUUACUGUGAUACCAAGCAUACACAAACAAAUAAAUAACACAUAUAAAAUUAAUUAUGGAGCUGUGUGGUUUAUAUAUAUAAUAAGCAAAAGAUUGGGCCACAAACUGUUAAAAUAAGUCAUUGUAUUAUCCGGUCCUGUCUGAGAGCUACAGCCACACAAUGUUUAUUAAAAUAAAAUCCUUUGGACGAAAUUGAGUCUGAUAUGAUUUGCAGAGGCUUGCCUAGUUUUUAAAAUUAUAGCGUUGUCUUGUAUAAUUCGUUCCCAUAAAGUACUGUAUGCUUUGCUCUCAUUUACACGUACCCAUCUAAAGCAGUCUGCAUUUUUCUGUAAUACAAAAGCUGUGUAUGAGGCAUUGUUUUAAUAUUAUUGUGGUAUGGGCAAAUCGUAAAGCUCCCUGUCCUUACUAUAUAAACUACAUUACUGCUAGCAGUUUGUGAGUUCCAGCCUGUCUUCAUGUCAUAUGAAUACAGCAUAAAUCGAUGACAAUAUUAUAGUUUGUUUUAUUUUCUUUCUAAAUUCAACAUCUAUGAAACGUCAGCUGCAGUUUUGCGUGUGUUUGUUUUCCCAUUAAUAGUUGUAUUGAGAACUUUCAUUUGCAUUAGUACAUAGUAUUUGUUCAAACUCCCUUUAAGUUAGUAAUACUGUGUACAUGUCAAUAUUAAGGUCAUAUAAGCAGAAUGUUACAUUUAAAAAAUAAAUCUGUUUGAAUAAACAGUUACUUCUAGAACCCCCAGUUUCCAACAGUUGAACCACCGAAGUUUGUCCUCUGGCACCAGAUACAGCAGUCUCUAGUCUUUUUUUGUUUUAAAUUUUAAGUGGGUCUGUCACAUUAUAGAAUUUCUUAAAGAUAUAAGCUUAAUGAAAUGCUGUUUAAAGAUUGCAUUGAAAUUUCACUGAAAUUCUGACGCAAUCCAGAGCUACAAUAAGACAAAGUAGGGGUCUUAUGGUAAAGCCGGAGGUUGGCAAAAGGAGAAGCGACUCUGUCAACGUUUGGCCAAUCUCAUCAGCUGUCAUAAAUGACGGCUGUGGGAUUCAGGAUUUGUCUGUGCAGGCCCUCACAGGAUUCUCUAUAGACCUCAGUGUUGUACACUUGUGAAUAUGCAAGAGUAUAGCACUGGCAUGGUCAGCUGAAGCACCAGGAGUCAAAACUAUCAUCAUGAAGAUUUUAUGUUAUGGGAGUGGCCGUGUUCCUUUAAAAGUUACCACACUCAAUUUUUUUUUCCUUCUAGCUUAUUUUUAACUGUGUUUAAUUGUUUUAGUUCUACUUCAAGCUGUAUUGUGUUAUGGCAUAUCUGUAGAUAUAUUGUUAUUUUUAUGUAACUUCAUAUGACGUCCUUUUAUGGGCAGGAUAUUAUUGCAGCUUGUAUUAUGUUUUUUAAACACUACGAUAAUAUUGGGACAAAAAUAAAGUCAUGCCUUUAAAACAUAAUCACACCAUCACUCUAUCCAUUGCAGAACUCUCCAGCCAGACAUGAGUUGCAAUCAGUAAAUAUCUGUCUAUCACCCCCACACCCUCUUAUUUAUUUAUUUAUUGUUUUAAAUAUUUGAUGAUAAUGCCUCUUAAAAAGAUAAUAUAUGUAGAGCUUUUCUCCUAGCCAAAUUGUAAGUGCUUUAACGGUGAGGGUUCUUCACACAAAGAUUAUGAGAAUGGGCUAUUCCUAGGAACACCAUUGCUCCCAGUUGAUUAUGAUGUGUAAGAUGAUGUGAAGCAUUGAUUGACAUAUCUUGUAUUUAAAUGAUCAGGGCUAGCAACUUUUUUUUUUUUUUUAAUGAUUAUUUAUUAGCAUGCAUUAUGCUGCUUUUUUUUAAAAUUUUUCUGGACUGAUUAGUUUGAGUUGAAAAUGUCCAUUAACCUUUGACAAGUAGCUUAGGUUCCCAACUGAAAACAGCUCUUUUCUGGUUGGUGUCAAUGAUAUUCUUCCAGCCGUGAGUAAAUUAAAGGAUCACUAUAGGGUCAGGAACAUAAACAUGUAUUCCUGACCCUAUAAUGUUAAAACCACCAACUAGCCCCCCUGGGCCCCUCAUGCCUCCAUAAAUAUAGUAAAAUCUUACUGUAUUCAAGCCAGAAGCUGUAGAUCUGCAUGUUGUUUGCCUAAAAACAAAAAACAAAACAAGCAGUCUGCUGAAAUCAUCAGAAGUGGUAGUCUGAUCCAAUCACAAUGCUUCCCCAUAGGAUGACAAGGCGGCAGAUCAGGGGCAGAGCCAGCAUGAUCAGGGCCGGCGCGUCCAUAAGGCGGCACAGGCGGCCGCCUUAGGGCGCACCGGCUCUGGGGGCGCAAUAUUUCAGUGACCGGCAGGAGGGAAGCUCUCCCUCCUGCCAGGCCACCUUUUGGAUCCCCGGCGCGGCGUGCGGCUGUGCUGUGAUCAGACGCGGCGAGGGAGCUCUAAUUUCCACGCUCUGCUCCCUCGCGCGCUGUCUGCUGAUACCGCGGGAGCCGGAAUAUGACGUCAUAUUCCGGCUCCCAGCCUCACUUUGCGGCGCGCGAGGGAGCUGAGCAGACCGCUCAGAGGAAGAGCUCCCUCGCUGGCCGCCCGCCCAGCAGCCACUGGACCACCAGGGAGGUAAUGAACCCCUUCCCCCCCAGCACUCCCAGAGGUAAGGAGGUGGGGGGGGGGAGUGAAUAAAAAAAAAAAGUGUUAAUGUGAGUGAGUGAGUGUGUGUCUGUUAAUGUGUGUGUGUUUUGUUAGUGUGUGUGUGUGUCUGACUGUGUGAGUGUGUGUCUGCUAGUGAGUGAGUGUGUGUCUGUUAGUGUGUGUCUGACUGUCAGUGAGUGUGUGUUUGCCUGUGAGUGUGUGUGUGUGUGUGUGUCAGUGUGUGUCUGUUAAUUUGUGUGUGUGAGUUUGUGUGUGUGUGUGUGUGUGUGUCUGCUAGUGAGUGUUAGUGUGUAUGUGUGUGUCUGACUGUGUGUGUGUCAGUGAGUGUGUCAUUUAAUGUGUGUUUGUUAGUGUGUGAGAGUUUGUGUGUGUGUCUGCUAGUGAGUGUGUGUCUGUUAGUGUGUGUGUCUGACUGUUUGUCUGUUAGUGUGUGUGUGUGACUGUGUGUCAGUGAGUGUGUGUGUGUCUGACUGUGUGUGUGUGUCAGUGAGUGUGUGUGUUUCUGUUAGCGAGUGUAUGCGGAUCUGUCAGUGAAUGUGAGUGUGUGUGCUAGUGAGUGUGUGUAUGUGUGUGUUUGACUGUGUGUCAGUGAGUGUGUUUCUGUUAGCGAGUGUAUGCGGAUCUGUCAGUGAAUGUGUGUGUGUGUGUGUGUGUAUUUAGCGGGCGGGGGGAAGGGUUGGGAGGGGACUGGUGCGGUGGGGGGGGGUGCCUGAGUUUUGUCCUGCCUGUUAAUUUAUUAAAAUAAUUAGUGAGUGUGUGUCUGUGUGUCUGUGAGUGACUGUCUGUGAUUGUGUGUGUGUCUGUGUGUGAGUGUAUGUGUGCCGGAGUGUCUGUGUGCCUGUGAGUGACUGAGUGUGUGCAUGAGUAUGUGUGUCUGUGAGUGCUUGUAUGAGUACUGCAUGUGAGUGUAUGAGUGUGGCAGUGUAUGUGUGUCUGUCAGUGUGUGUUUGUGAGUGUCUGUCAAAUCAGUGAGAAUAUCUUUGUCAUUGAGUCUGUGUGUGAGUAUCAGUGUGCCUGUCAAUGAAUGAGUGUGUGUCAGAUCAGUGAGUCUGUGUGUUUGUCAUUGAGUGUGUGUGACUGUCAGUGUGUAUACACCACUGAGUGUAGCGUGGUGGAACGCAGUACAGGAGCUUCUGUUUCCUGUACCCGGCCAGACUGACUGGAGGUGCUCACUGAGAGAGCACUCCCUGUCAGUCCGGCCAGGUACAGAAAAUUGAAGCUCCUGUAGGGGAUAUCCUCCACUCGGCAACGCUACAAGAGAGGUAGGAGGCACACCAGGAAGGGGAGUGCGACCACUAAGGGGGUGGAGGGUGCACCAAGGGACAGGGAGGGGAGGGGAGAGAAACACCAAGGGACAGGAAAAAGAGGGGAGAGCCUAGAAGAACACUAAGGGACAGGGAAGGGAGGGGACCACUAAUGGACGGGGAGAAGAUGUUAUUUGGGGGGGGCGGAAAGAUACAUCUUCGCCUAUGUACCCAAAAAUCCUUGCACCGGCCCUGAGCAUGAUUCAAACACAGCCCUGGCCAAUCAGCAUCUCCUCAGAGAUGAAUUGAAUCAAUGAAUCUCUAUGAGGAAAGUUUAGUGUCUGCAUGCAGAGGGAGGAGAUACUGAAUGUUUGGAUGCAUUUUAGGCAGCCAUGACCCAGGAAGAAUCUCUAACAGACAUCUGAGGAGUGGCCAGUGAAGCUAUCACUAGGCUGUAAUGUAACAUUUUCUCUGAAAAGACCGUGUUGACAGCAAUAAGCCUGAAGGUAAUGAUUCUACUCACCAGAACAAAUUCAAUAAGCUGUAGUUAUUCUGGUUACUAUAGUGUCCCUUUAAACUAAUGUCCAUUUUACCAAAAGCAUUACAACAAUGUAAACUAUUUGUAGUAAUGUACUGUAGAAAUUAUUGAUUGCCUGACUGCUUUCCCUUUGAACAAAUUUGCCUAUGCAGCUGCCUACUUCUCUUCAGUCUAAAAUUAGGAGUGGUGAUGGGGUUAUUUUACUGUGGUAUUAUGCCUCCUUUCAUAAUCUUCCUUGGACUUCCUGUAGUUUAGCAUAACACAAGAUGUCACUGAAGAAAAUGGGAAUGCCAGGAUUAAAGGGGUUCUAUAGUGUAAGGAAUACAAAGUUUUAUUCUUUACAUUAUAAUUCCCUCUGUGCCCUAUAGUCGCUUAUUCGAUUCCAGCACUGAUCUACCUCGGCGCUGGGUUGGUGCCUCCUCCGACAUCAUCCAACGUGGUAAUGCAGUGAGGACAUACAGCAUCAUUUAGACCAGGCAUAGGCCACCUUCGGCACUUCAUAUGUUUUGGACUACACCUCCCAUGAUGCUUUGCCAGCAUUAUGGGUGUAAGAGCAUUAUGGAGGAUGUAGUCCACAACAUCUGGAGUGCCGAAGGUUACCUACCCCUGAAUUUUAGGCAAAAAAAAAGUUGGUUAGCCACCAGGAAGUGCCACUAGUGGCUGACCACCCUUUAACUGAAGUCAUAUCACGCACUAACACUGUGGAGUCUGUUCUCUAAACCCCCAAUUUGCUUUUGCAGUUUUGCCUGAUUUCAUUCGGUUAAAUUCUCUAGCAAUCCGUUGUUAAAAUUAAUAAUGUGCAGACUUCUCACAUUUACAGUAAAGGAUGUGAAAUCUUAACCUUCCUGUUGAAAUAACUGGCAGGUCGUGUUAUUUCAUCCGGCGGAUAAUGAUUUCAAAUCUUGUACAGUGUGUCGUGACUGACAAAGUUCAUGCAUAUUGCUGAUGGGUUCAGCAUAAAAUAUUAUCGUAUUAUUUCACUAAAAUAUGGAACUAGGAAUAUUUACUUCUACCUAAUGCAGAAGAAUUUUUCCCGUCUUUCAACAACUCUCAAGUAAAUUUCAUGCAACAGGUACCAGUUAAAUACAAGAAUAAAAAAAUAGGAAAGAGGAGUUUUUGAUGUUCUACGUAUAGGUCCUUCUUACAUGUCACUGCCCUAUAUCGAUACCUUAGCAUUAACAGGAAGUGGUCACUAACAGAGAUAAGCUUAAGGCACCAGUUCUUAUGAAAAAGCUGUCACUUUCAUCAAGUAAUGAUUAGUGCGCCUGUAACAAGACCGCAAACUGUUAACUUACAACUAUCCCUUCAAUCCUUUGAAAUUGUGAAAAAUUAAAACCAAAAGAUACACUACACUAAUUUACAGCAAUAUAUUCACUAAAAAAUGUAUUUAAAAAAAUUAGUUGGCUGAAUACAGAGCCCAAUUACUCUUGUAGCUAACGAUAACGCAUCCUGCAGCACAGCAAGAGGACAUAGUCUUAAAUUAGAGGGGCAAAGGUUUAAAAAUAAUAUCAGGAAGUAUUACUUUACUGAGAGGGUAGAGUAUGCAUGGAAUAGCCUUCCAGCUGAAGUGGUAAAGGUUAACACAGUAAAGGAGGAGACUAUAUUUAAAAGAAGAAAAACUACCACAACAAGAGGACAUAGUCUUAAAUUAGAGGGACAAAGGUUUAAAAAUAAUAUCAGGAAGUAUUACUUUACUGAGAGGGUAGAGGAUGCAUGGAAUAGCCUUCCAGCUGAAGUGGUAGAGGUUAACACAGUAAAGGUGUUUAAGCAUGCGUGGGAUAGGCAUAAGGCUAUCCUAACUAUAAGAUAAGGCUAGGGACUAAUGAAAGUAUUUAGAAAAUGGGGCAGACUAGAUGGGCUGAAUGGUUCUUAUCUGCCGUCACAUUCUAUGUUUCUAUGCAGCUAGAAGUUUUAUAGUCCUUUUUAAGCGAGUUAUUACAAGGAAGCAAUUUCCUAGUAUCUUUUAUUUCAGGGCAGGGUUGGUCAUCCCCAUACCUCUGCCACAGUCAUGGCAGAGCAAUGUUUAAAUGGGCAGUGGCUUUUUUUAAUAGGGAUGCUACUCCGCCGCACGGAGUGAAUCGGUGACGUUGUCUGAGCUCUGAUGAAUGUGGUGCCUGGGGUUAAAAAAAACAAACAUUGGUUUUAGGCCAUUUUUGAAUUGCGGCCAUUAUUAUUAUUAUUAUUCUUUCUUGGGCUGUGAUGCAGUAAUUUAUUAAAUUGCCUGAUUUUGGAUAAUGUCUGUGUAAUUGUCAUUCAGCAGUCAGUGCUGUGGGAGAGCAUGGUUCACACAGUGUUUAUUAUUUGGCAGGGCUGCUGUGUGGUGUGUAAUCCUGCCCAGUGUGGAGAGCAGUGAGGACACAAAGUUCACACACAGCGAACACUAAAACCGUUUCAUUCGAUCUAUUCUUCCGUGAAACGUGUUUAAUGAGUUCGCAUUUUGACCCCCUUCCGGCCGCCGUACUUUCUGCUCACUCGGCGCGCUCUUCUUCUAGUUUCACCAGCGGCCAAAGGGUUACUUUUUUUUUUUUUUUCUGUCAGUCACGCCCUCCCUUUGACGUCAGCGCACGCGCUUGAAGGGGGGGGGUGAGAGAGGGAGAAAAUAAUAAAUAACAGUGGUGAGCGCGUGCGUACUCUCUCCCUCCCCUCGCGUUCUCUCCGCCCAGGUCCACGUGCGCAUAGAGCACAUGGCUACCCCCGAGCCUGGGUGACGUCAGUUUCUCCAGCCCCGCCCUCGGUGAGCCAGGACGUGUUUUUUUUUGCUGAGAGGUUGGGUUCGGAUGGGAGGGUCUGUAGCACGAGAUCCGCAGCGCGUGCUUCUUCUACUGCGUGUAAGUUCGAGUAGUGGGCGGAGCUUGGCGUGAGGUGUGCUGCCCCCUGCAGGCCGCCUGUUGUGUUGUCACUUUGUGUGUGUGUUUGUGUAUAUUUAUAUAUAUAUAUCUAAUAUCUAUAUACACAUACACACAUACAUGCAAUAACUGAUUUAUUUUUUUUUUAUAGAAAACUAAAUUAGCUGCUUAGAAGAAAUGUGUAUUUGCAAUUUAGUUGUAGGUAAAUUGUGCUCAUUGUUAUUUACAAAAACAUGAAUUGAAAGCAUGUUUUCUAAAUUCAAGCUGAGAAUAGUCAAGAUGUUAGGAUUCCCCCCAUCCACGUGGCAUUUUUAUUAAACAUGGACAGCUGUUUUAUGCGUCUGUAAGUAUACUAUAGAUUGAAAGUGUUGUAUUUAUUUUUAAAGUUUUUGGAUAAAAGCAAAGGUUUUUAUAAAAUUAAAACCUGUAAAAUCAAUAGUUACCUUCAAUUUAGUGACAAGUUCUCCCCGAUCUGUUCCACGCCUCCUCCGUUGUCACUGCGCAUCCAUCAUUGUACGUCGUCACCGCUCGUCAUCCUUCACGGUCCGUAGUCUGAUCAAAUAUUAGGGAGUGAGGGCGGCAUAGAUUUAGGGUUUGAAGUACAAAAGAAAGAGAAGGGGAACAGAAUGCUCAAUAACGUAAUGUGAAGGAGAACGGAGUGAGGGCCCAGUGUCGCAAUGUAAAGUGCAAUAGAGGGAAAUUUCAAUUUAAUAAUGUAAUUUAAAGGGGAAAGAGGUCUUCACAUUGCAGGUGCAUUCACAGUGCUGCCUGUUUACAUCUGUCACUAGCACACAAACGUGCAGAUUGUUCUGAUUAGACGACAUUUCAAGCAGACGCCCUGCACACACAGAUUUCUUGCUCUGUGACCAUUCCUAAAAGCAGAAGUGGUCAUGGAGGUUGUCGUACCUCUUUAAUCUGGAUAACCUAAUGAGAGCCGUCAAAAAUACAUCUUUUAUUUGCAGGUACAAUUUCCUCUUAAGCAUUUCAAAUGGUACUGGUUCAUCUUUUUCAUCUAAACUGCAAUGCUUUGCAGACGUGUGAUUGCCAAUACCUGGCUCUAUACAGCUUGCUUAAAGGGACACUCCAGGCCUUCUGCCCAUUGGAGUGGUCUGGGUGCCAACUCCCACCACCCUUAACCUUGCAAGUUUAAUUAUUGCAGUUUUUAUAAACUGCAAUAAUUACCAUGCAGGGUUAAGUUCUCCUCUAGUGGCUGUCUAUCAGACAGCCACUAGAGGGAUUUCCGGCUUCUUAAAACACGAAAAAUGUUUUAAACGACACAGGAAGUCCUCACGCUAUGCACGAGGACCUCCACCGUCGCCGGAAUUGAAUAAUGUUUUUCUAUGGGGAGAUCUAAUGCGUGCGCGGCCAUUGCCGGCUUCAUGGGCGGAGCCUGACCCAGCGCCAAGGGACAUCCACUGAAGGGGUUUUAUUGUGCCUGUUGAGGUUAUGUCUGUUUACGACAGAGUAGGGCUUGACAAAUUUGCUUUGAAUCUCGGAGCCAGCUAAAAAAUUAUAAAGCUUUGUUUUAAAACAAAAAACUUUCUACUAAAAAAAAGUUAGGAACCAGCUUUAAAAAAAAACAAAAAACUAGCAAAGCUUUAUUUUUAGCAACAGAAAUAAAAAUUUUUAAGGGACACAAUAGUCACCAUAACCACUUUUCUGCAUGAUAGCCUGCCAAUGCUUUCUUAUGGGAAAGCAUUGGAUCGCUGAGAUCCAGAUUGCGUGGGAGAUAAGGUGAGUAAAAAUAUCUUUCACAUGAGAUUGGUGGGGGCCUGUACACAAAAAAUACUGGAACCAAACGACGAUGGACAUUUAAGUUGCACAAAUAAUGAAUAUAUUCUGAUUUGACACCAGAUGUUUUAUGCAAUGCAUCAGUUUUUUCACUUUGAUUUUUGUGGCCAUUGACAUGCCUUGUUAUUUUUAGAAUUUAAGUACCAAUACUCACACAUACUCACUGACAGACAGUCUCUCACACACUCUCAAAUUAUUUGUUUUAUUGGAAUUUACGUCCAGCCUGCCUCCCUACCUUUGGGACAGCUGGAGUGGAGCAUUUCCCUGAGGUCCAGUGGGGCUGCUAUGAACCUGGGGUGAGGGACGGGGGCUAAAAGGUGGCCAGUGCUGGACGGGCUGACACCCAGAUGCCAGAACAAAAUUCAUUGUUGCCAUGGCAACCUGGCACCUGGAAUUUGGCGAGCCAUACCUUAGAGGGUGUAUUUUUUUCUCUAUUAAUGACAGCAGUUUGGAUUUCCCUUCAUCUUCGUCAAAGAUUCUGUGGUUCAGUUGUUGAACUGUGGUCCUAGUCUGUUGCUGGAAUAUAAUCAUUAAUUAGCUGACUUUGGGCUCUCUCUUCCUAAAAAUCAUUCAUACAUUGUCUAACUGUGUUGUUUUAAAAGAAGACCGAAGGGAUUGAUGCACGCCAUGGUGCUCUAAAACAUCCUGUGGGAUCCUGAACAAUUAUUAAAUGGCCAGAUAAACCCCUUUCCUCCCCCUUCUGUGUGGUCUAGUUAUCUUGUUCUGUAGCAUGUGUUGCGAAUCUUGGCAUUGAGAUUUUGUUUACUAGUAUGACUGCAGAUCCCAUGGUAAUAUAGCCUCUAAAUUCUGUCUGUGUAACCGGGAGAAACUUCUAUGGAGUACGUGGGUGGCUUUGCUAAGUAUUGGUGAGCUGCCAAAUCUUUUUACUUGCCACAGAAUCCAAGGGAUAAGGCCGGACUUUUAACUAGUUUAUAAGACACUGCAAAUAGAAUUACUCUUUCAUUUGGAAAGGUGGUUAACACAAGGUGUCCUUGGCUGUUGUAUAACUACAACUCUUAUUAUUCUCUGCUAGCCUUUAAACUAGCAAUGCCUCAUGGGUGUCGUAGUUCUACAGCUGCUGGGAUGACAUGUUGGCAAUACCUAGCUUAACCUAUUUUGCAUCGAGACUGUUUUCAGGCAUCAAAGGGCAUAACAUGAAUGUGCCCAGGAGCAAGGUUUUUUUUUAGAAGUCACACAAAUGCAUUCAUUAGUUGCUUGAUAAAUUGUCUCUUGCUUGUAUGCAUUUUGUAUAAUGGUUGUCCUUGGCAUUGCUGUAGUUUAACACUUCAGUUUGCUGUAAUUUUUCUGAUUGUUUAUAAAAAUACCGACUUUAAUACGAAACACACUUUUAUAAUUGUGGGCAGUAACAGGCACCGUGGGCUUUUUUUUUUUUCUCAUUGGGAAAUAUGACAUCAACUUUUUUUUUUUUAAGUGGCCAUGGAGGAAGGAAUCUGUAUGUGCAUCAUUUCUCGUUGAAAUCAAGAGAUUCUGAGAUAUUUGCACUAUUUGCCAGGGGCUAGUUGCACCUCUGGCAUAUGUGACUUUAGGCAGCCCGGAACACUGCUAAUGUCAAUUCUGUGCAAAAAAUGUCUGUCAUCAGCGCGCACAAUGCGCGGGUGGUAGUGGAAUCCUUGAUCUCCCCUCCCUCCUUGUAUGAUUCAAGCCAGCCUCUGUGCAUUGCUUGCUAUAUAUCUGCUUUUUCCCCAUUUCUUUCUAAUUCCCUUUCUCCAUUCCUCUGUCCAACCCCCACUCCCUGCCUCCCCUCACCUGCUCAGACUUUGUGCUUGUACUCUGAGCCUGUGACGUCCAAUGAAAUGCUUCUCUAUGAAGAAUUUGAUUGGACCACAGAGAGGAAGUGAGGAAUACGACAUUGAGACGGGGCGUGGACAAUCUAGAUUCCAGGUAAGUUUUAACUUUACUUUUCAGGGAUCUCAGACAGAAUAAGGAAAUAACAAGUGGCGAGAAACACAAAAACAAAAAAAAAAAACCCCAUAAGAUAAAUUUUUUUUUAGAUAAACCUUUUAACUCUGAUAAAACAGAAAGCAGCUACAUUUAAAGGAACACUCCAGCAGUAAAUAAAUUAUCUAUCUGGUGAAGGCAGUAGCCAUGUCCUUGUGGUCUAUGCCUUCUAUACAACACAGGUGUAAUGUUAUAUCGUUGUUGAAGUAUGUGAACACUGAGUCCUGUUUGUGUUAACAGACUUUCAGCAGCUCCCUUUUUAAAACACACCUUUGUAGCUCUCAAAGUAAACAAUAGGAAUUAUUUUAUUCAUAGAAAACUUAAAUCUACAAAUUAGGUGAAUCGUUUGCACCCUUACGCUGACCCAUGUAGUUUAAUAAGAGGCUUUCAUCCUGAUGACAAUUCCUCUGUUGAAAGUUGAAAGAGCAAUGUGACCUGAAGCUGGGAAUACAAAGCUGCCACUGUCCAACGCACUAAAAAGGGGGCGGGGUGUAGGGGUUUGAAGGGAGGUAAUUUAGGAAAGAACAGAAUACUGUGUAUUCUGUUGACCUCUCCAUAAAAUAUAUUUAAUCAAAGUAGGCAACAUUGUAUAUUGUAGUAUAUCACCACUUGGGUUGUCCAGUGAAAAUAAGCUCAUGAGUUCCAUAUAACAAGAUUGGAGCCUGUAGUUGCUUUUAUUUUAUUUGAAAUUGCAUCCUGCUAAAAAAUAGAAACCAGUUUGAUUUACACACAACAGUAUUUUCAGUAUGCCAGUGCUCUCAAGUGUGUAAUUAAACUGCACACUUCUAUUGCCUUCUAACCCUGUGCAUACAUUGGCUACAUUUAAAGGAACAGUCCAAGCACAGUAAACACUACCAGGCCCUACCAACGUCUCAGAGUAAGUAGUCAAAAUGUUUAAAACCAGUUUGGCAAUUUUUGCCUGGAGUCCCCCUGGGCACCACUCACUUUACUAAAAUAAUCUCUACUGUGUAGGGCCUAAAAAGUCAGCUGAGCGUCCAAGGUGCCAUGGGAACCUUAGGUAAGUUCUUAAACAGUUCGACUUCUUAAUCUGGGAGAGUGCCAGUGUACUCCAAGCACCAUAACCACUACAGUGGGUUGUUGUGGUUUUGGUGCUUGAAGGAUUCCUCUAAUGUACAUGAGCUCAAAAGGCUCAGAAACCUGGUGGCUACACUCCAGCAGCAGGGCGGUAAGAAGGGUUGCCCCUAAGCACACUAGAAAUUGAGUUUUAACCCAGGCAACUUAAAAUGCCUACUUCCUUUUUAUAAUUACCCUGAAGCAUGGUAUAUUUCCUACUUUUAUCACCUGCCUUCGCACAACAUGGAAAGUCCUGUUGAGCAUCAUAGCCUCCAAUAUCAACAGGCAUACAAGUCCAUCCAUGAUACCAAGGUAAUGCACUAUCUUCAGUGCUGUUCUGCAUAGGCCUCAACUCCCAUAGCCAGAUAAUCUUGAAGAGUGGAUAUGGAUACAGGUUCGAGCUACUAUCAGCUACCUACUCUACAUUGAUGAACUCAAGCUGCAUGCCAAGAGUUAGCUGGACAUUGACUCACUGAUCCACAUAACUAGGUGACUAGAUAAGUGUAGGCGCAUGAUAGCAAAUAAAAGGGAAGAUAAUCAGAACAGAAGGUGUUCAAGUAUCAGGUCAAAUAGAAGUUGUAGAGAACAACUACAAGUACCUGGGGUACCACAAAUACAUGGCAUCCGUGAGGAAGCGGCAAGGAGCAUAGCAACAUCCCAGUACCUCCAGAGAGUCAUACAGGUCUUGAGGUCCCAGCUCAAUGGCAAGAAGAAGAUCCAAGCCAUCAACACAAAUGCUAUACCAGUCAUCUAGAAUAAUAAUAUGAGCAAGAGUUGUUCACCAUGGAUUUCAAGACCCGGAAACUGCUCACUAUGAAUGGAGGAUUCCACCCAAAAACCAACACCUAUAAACUGUAUACCAGCCGGAAGGAAUGAGGUCGGGACUAGUAACUGUCAAGGUCACAGUUCUGGAUGAAAGACUGAGCAUCCACAAGUACAUCAUGAAGAUGGCUCCCAAAAAGGAACCGUUAAUGAUAUGCCUUAGACAACAUCCCAAGAGGAUACAAAAAAGGAGAUGGUUCAAUUGCAAGACAAACCUUUCCAUUAGUUGUACCAUUAGCAGGUAGUGAAUGUGGCUCACAUUCUGAAAUCCUCCAAGUGGUUAGAAAAUGUAGGACUGAAAGACUGCACUGAGGCACUAAUCUUAACAGCGCUGGAACAGGCACUCAGCACCAGAUCAAUAGAAGCAGUGUUGCAGACUUUUCAGAGGCCUCUGAGACAACCCAGCACAUAGUAGUCAAAUGCAAGAGGUUAGCAGGGGCAGCAUACACUAUUAAGAGGCACAACCACUUUGCUGGGACCGAAAUAUCUGCAGUGAUUAUGAGCAGGACCGUCCAAAUGCGAGAUACCGCAAAGGUUGUUGAGAAUGACAUGGCUGGUUGUUGAGACCGACAUGCAAGUAGUUUUUACCACAAGGAGAGAACAGUGCACUCACUAUUAAAAGGAGAUUACUUUCACCGGGGUGCAGGUGAAAUUUCUUCUCUAUUUCCUCUCUGCUAGUUGCAAAGGACACUAAGUAACUAAUAAGGAGCCAAGAUGGAGAUGACCAUUGUAGGAUGAAGAGAUGUGGACUCUAAUCUUAUUAUAAACAAUGAUAUAAACAAGCUGUACUUUGGUACAACAUAUAUAAAGGUUCAAGUAAGUGAGGACAACAUUGAUGGCAUUGGUGUGGAUCCUUUUGCUUAUAAGUGUCUGUAAAUACAGUCCAGGUUUUACUGCAGAGUUGUUCAAAGGAUAGAUCCUUAGUUUGAGGGUUUACUUUUUGACCACCUCCAUUUAUGCCAAUUGUCCCUGAAUUAUGUGGGUGAUGCCACUCCCCUGUAUUUCAGCUUGUUGGCAAAUGGGUUCACAUCGUACGUAGGGCGCAGUGUGUUAUGUCUCAUAGAAUAGAAUACAGAAAAUACAUUUGCUUAGCAGAGAGUGUGUUUGUUUUGUUUUUUGCCCUGUUAGCUGAUUGCUUAUUAUAACACAUAAUGCAGCUACUUUUUUUAUUGAUCCUGUGUUUUUUGCAUGACCGCUCAUCUUCCAGCUGCUGGAAAAAGGCUUUUGACUGGUGCUAUAAGUGUUAGAAAUCUGUUCUGUGAUACAGAAAGCAAAGCUUGACCAUUAAUAUAUAGGGCAUUCAAAGACCAAGAGCUUGAUGUGCGUUUGGUUGCUUAGCAAUGGGAUGAUUAGUCACCCAGAUGGCUAUAAAGACAGUCUAAUUUAAAAAAAUAAUGUGUGUGUAUAUAUAUAUAUAUAUAUAUAUAAUGUAAUUUAUUUUUAAAGAAUUUUAUUAAAGUGUAUUAAUAUUUUAUGUAUUUAUUUUAAAUAACUAAUCAGAGCAACAUAUCGUAAAAGUAAAAAUACUCUCAAUUUAAGGGUGUGUAUGCAUAUAUGAAUUUUAAGCCCUAUUUUUAAUAUAGGGCUUAAAAUUUGAAGUCCUAUACGAGCCAGGCCUAAAAUGUUACGUGCUACUGCAAGCCAUAGCAGGGCCAAAUUUUCACACUCAAUGGCUAGUGUCCCGUGGAAGUUCUAAGCCUUGUUAGGUAUCUAUUUUGCUGUCCACUGAUAGGAAUAUUUCCCAUCAUUUGGUUCACAGAUCAGUUGUGAAAAAAUCGCCAUUAAUGCUAAAUUAUUAAUUUAAGUCCAUGUUCCAUCCCUUUUAGCAUAAAAAGCAUGCUAAAUAUAAACGGAAGUGAAAAUAUUUGUGAAAGGCCAAGUAAUAGGCCGCUUAUCACAGCUGCUGUUGAUCUGAAAUAUGCUGUGUUUAGCCAAUAAAGCCAGACAGAACACACCAUAAUCACAAUGCAAUGAUUUGUGGACCCAGGACAUACUUGAAAACGAGAGAAAUCUCAAUGUAUCUUUCCUGGUAAAAUAUUUUAUAAAUAAAUAAAUUUAACCCAGUGCUGACUUUUUCAAGCUUUUUAAAUGUUAAGCUUAAAAGUGACAUGCCUCACCUGAAAAUUAUUUUUUGUAACCAGCAAGCAAACACUUUUCAACAAAUAUACAAAGCAAAAUAUAGCUAGAAAAGCUUUGAAAAGCAUAUAAUAAAAAUCUAUAAACUCUGUCAGAUUGCAUUGGUAGGGACGCCUGUCAGCUAAGGGAGUUUCCUCAGCAUCCAACUCUUUUCCACCCGUCUCAGUUUCAGACCAGUUUAUUGACCAAAACAGUAUCAUUGUGCAGCAGCAGGAGAGAGAAACCCGACACCGGAACUGGCUCUGCAUGAUCUCACUGAUCAACUGAUUUAUCACUGAUAAUUUAGGAGGGAAAAUAAAUCAUGUUUACCUGCAGAGUGAGGCAGCUGUCUCAAAGUGAUGUAAAUGCCUUGUGCAACCUUGUGCAGAAUUUGCUAAAUAUUAUGGUCAAGAUAUUCUGUGAGAACGUAUAACUGAGCAAAUGGUACAUAGAGAAUUAAAAAAUAAAGAAGAAGAAGAAGAAAAUGGAUUAAAGUUUGUUGGAUAUAAAUUCAGUGUUCUGUGAUGUCCCAUGGCAUAUGGGAUUGCUUCUCUAUCAUGCAUACAGGUAUGCUAUUAGAGAUACAGGGCAACUUUAAAAAGUUUAGUGACUGGAGCCACCAACUUUUUGGAAUUAAAAAAAAAAAAAUGGUGAUGGAGAUAUUUUAAAAAUGUAAAGGAGAGAUUGUUAUGAUUUACCCAUAAAUCACUGACCUAAAGGGUAAAUUUAGAAAAAAGAUAAAAGGAAGACUAAGCCUAUUGGAAACCACGGAGUUGAGGCAGUUUCCACGGUGACAUCUAGUUUCCGUCUCCUUGGAAACAGCUGGGAUUUCUCCGAUAGAAUAUGAAACAGAAAUCGUAGCCUCAGUGGACUCGUUUUUACUAAUUUACAUUUCUAGACGCAGUGUAGUUGAGAUUAAAUCCUAACCUAAAUAAGUGCUCUUGUUUUCUGUCAUUGAACGUAAACAAUAUACCCUUACCAAAAUAUUGUCAAUCGUUUGAAGGAAAAGUAACGCUGUAUUUAUUUUAUUAUGCUUUAAACCUAACCUACAGACAUUUAUAGGAGAACAAAUUGUAAAACUUUGGCGUAAUCUUAAAUUGAUUGGUUUUAACACCGCAUGGAUGUACAAAUCACUGUCUUGGCAAACACAAUGGAGUAUUAUAUUUUAGUGCUGGUAGUUUCGUGUAUACAUUGUGCUCAGCAAACCGCUCACAGAUGUCUAGCGAUAAUUAAUUUACCCGUCAAUGCCAAGACAUUAAAAGCCUCUGAAUGAAUACACACUUGUUAAAUAAUGUGCACUGUUUGGAGGUGGGCAUUUUUGGAAUAAGGUGGAUGGUACACCUUAAGUAUUGACCAUGCAUACUAAUCAGAAGCAGUUACUAAAACACAUGUUUUAUGGUUCUAGAGCACAUUCCAUUUGCCUCACCUAUAUCAAUGCUUUCAACAUUAUACUAUACAUUGACAUGCAUAACUAUACAUCAAAUGUAGAACUACAACUACAUGGAUGAUUUUUAAGACUGAAAUUUUGUGGUAAUUUAAGCCAUAACGACCAUAUUGGAAAAACAUUUUUUAGCCAAUAAAUAUUUUUGACAGAUCUGCGUCUUUGGUCCAAAAUGUUAAAUUUCCUGGUUAAUUCUUGGCAAUUUCAACAAACAACCUGUUUUGUGCUGGUUACACUGUGCGUGGAUGGCUGUCUGACAGCCCUCCCUGUGGCCUUGCCCCCUGAGUUCAUUGCUAGCCAUUCUGAAUAUUUGUAGGUGUGCAGCCAUUUUAUGUUAAUUAGCAAAGAACCAAAGAAUUAAUACUUUAAUUGCAGGAUAAAUAGAAAGUGAAAAUAUUUGUGAAAGGCCAAGUAAUAGGCCGCUUACCACAGCUGCUGUUGAUCUGAAAUAUGCUGUGUUUAGCCAAUAAAGCCAGACAGAACACACCAUAAUCACAAUAGUGGGUUAUGUUCUGCCGAUAACUUUAUUUUCUGCCUAAGACCGUACAGUAGUCCAUAACCUUUUUUGACAGAGAAUCAUUCCGUGCAUGAGCAUAGAAAUCGAUUCUUCAUUUGUGACUUCAUGACCCCUUUAAAUAUCAUACUAUCAAAUAAAAUAAUUGAAAAACACCUUAUGUAGACUCUUCCUAGUGUUGGGUUCACACAGGUGAAGGCAAUACCACUAAAAUAUAAUGUUUCCUAACCGCAGAUGAUUCAUUGAAAUGGCAUAGGGACCUACAUUCGUGUCCCAAUCCAGAAUCAACGAAGCAGUUGGAUUCAUUAUCAUUUUUUUUUUUUUUUUUAAUUUUUGCCUACUAUAAAAAAAUUACUGUAAUUCAGUUCAAUAAAGUCAUCACUUUUUGUGUCAAACAGCAGUUUGGUGAUUGAAUUAAACUAUAAGUUUAAAAAGGAAACCAAUUGGAGACUGAGAUGUCUUGUCAUAACAGGAAACAAGUUACUUCAUAAAAAUAGACGUCUACCUUUCUAAUUUAGAUAUUCAGGAAUCUGAUUUCUAGGAAACACAAGGUUCACAUUGUUUUUAAAUAUCCUCCCCUGGCCUUGAACGCAGCAAUACAAAUAUUGAUGUCCUGCGUGACCUUUAAGUUCAUAGACCUUCAUGUUAACUUGAUAUACAAAACAGCUCUUUUAAAGAAACCAUAAUGUGUGUAUGAGGGUACGGCUGUCACUAUAUCCUAUACCAGGGAUAGGCAACCUUCAGCACUCCAGAUGUUGUGGACUACAUCCCCCAUAAUGCUCUGGCAAAGCAUCAUGGGAGGUGUCCAAAACAUCUGGAGGGCCAAAGGUUGCCUAUGCCUGUCCUUUACUAUAGGACCUAUAGCAUUAGGAAGACAACCCUGUGUUCCUAAGGCUAUAGUGUUCUCCUCUGCAUCAAAUAUAAAAUGGAGGGGAAAGAGUUUUACUCUCCUAUAUAUAUCAUAUAUCCUACAGUGAGUGCAUCCACUCACUAAAUACCAGCUUCAAAGCUCACAGAAAUGUGUUUUAUUUUUUUAAACCCCUAACUUGGACAAAAUUAAUAGGAAUUUAGGUACAGCAUAUGAUCAUACAUUGAAUAAGCCUGCCACAAUGCCAAUGUACCCCAUUUUUGUUGUAUGCAAAGUAUGAUCAUAUACUGUAACUAACUAGCAUUCUAUUGCUCUAAACAUAGAGCAGCCGUGCCAAACUACAGCAGCGCAUGUCCACACUUCUAUGAGUACGGAAGGGGAAUGCGGGCGGGGGGUAAACAGACAGAACGGGGACACAGGAAGAUUGAAGAUGGGUUAGUGGAAUGACGGAGAAGGGAGGUAGGCAAGCAGAAUUGGAGAGGGACACUAGGUAUUUCAGUAAAAUGAACGUAUGACUGGACAGAUUGCUUUCACAUCUUAUGAUAUGAUGUAACGUUCACGAUUGUGCAAUGAUUGCAAUCUAUCCGGAGGCAAAGACGAAGGCCAAAUACACAUUUGUUCUGGUGACUGAUGGGUGGGAUAAACUAUUUAAAAGCAAUGAAGGAUUUCUGCCAGCCAUACACUUUCACACUGUACGCUGUCCAGCCAGCAUUAUCCCAGAAGGCAUUACCCAAAAUUCCAGAAUCAAUCAUCUAGCCCGAUUGGAUAUGUAAAAUGGAGUUGAGCAAGAAAAUUAUAACUAAUAAAAAAAAUUAGACUAAGUUAUUCUGUGACUGCUUUUCUUUAUACUAUCCCAAGUGACGUCAAAGCAGACAAAGAAUGUUACUUGUUGAAACAUUGUCUGUUCUACUUGGCUUGACGUCAAAACAACCAGUCCCAGAACAAUUUGCUGUCACAGAGCCUUCUAGAUAUGUCGACCAGGACUGGUUUUGAUUCAUUUAGAGUAUCCUAGAACUAGAAUGUAGUAAUACAUCAUUUUCUCUCCCUGACAAUACAAGUAUGAACGACUACAUUACAGUUAAGUCUUGGACAUCAUAAUAAACUGAAGGGAAAUGAUAGGGAAAUGAUAGGCUUAAAUAGCCUAACGAGAAUAUUUCUCAGAUUUGACUUUUUUUCCAGCUUAGUUAUUUUGCCCUAAAUAAAUUGCAAUUCUCCACAAUUCUCAGUUUAGUGAAUAAAUCCCAAAAUGAAUAUUGGAUUGGAUUGCGCAGUGCUUUCACACAUGCUCCGUUUAUUUUGCUUGCGUCAAUGUUGUUGUGCUAGUGAGAGAUACUGAAUUGUAACCCCUUAUAUUAACCUAAACCUGGGUGUUAUAUUAUCCUAAACCUGUCUCAGAAAUCAGAAGCCGUGUACAGCUUUGCAUUGUAUAACUGGCCUUAUUAGACCCAUAUAGGUCACAUCAGGAAAUACUCUGAAUUACUAUGCAUGGAAGGUAGCCAUGGCCUUCAAACAGUGUUGCAGUUAUGGCCAUAAAAAAUAGGCUUUUAGUUUUUACAUCCACGCUGCCAGAAACUGUUAUUUAAUUGAAACCUUACUCCACUCAGUAAUGUGCUCAUAUUUCUGUUUUUCUUUUAAUGGGUUCCUCCCUAUAUAUCCCUGCACCAGUCUUUCCUUCUAUUUGUUAGUGUUUGCAGCACAGACACCCCCUCCUGCUCCCCCCCUUCUGUAGCCAGCAUGCUGUUGUGAGAUCAUGAGUGACAGAUCCUGGCAUUCUGUUCCUGAAAGCCUUAAAUGGAAUGCACGCUGGCUCUGGAAACUGGCACAGGUCCAGCUCGUUUCCCGGCAAAAAGGAGUAACAGGGCGGGAGGCAGGGGGGAACCCUGACGUGUUCGCAGACACGUGUGUUUCUGCUGAGAUAUCAAGAGGGCUGGGAGCAGGAGGGAGGUAUCACUUAAAGGGAUAGUAAAGAGUGUGUGUCUUCUAGAAAGCGAUGCACAAACAUGUCCUGUUUGUUUAAGACUUCUAGAUAUGCCAGAAACCUGUUAAAGGCUGAUUUAAAAUAUAGUAGUUUAUAAAUAAAUCAGGUAGAAUGCCACAUAUCACCCAGCCAUUCUAGAUUAGACAGACUAUAUUAUAACUUGUCAUGCUGUCCAGGGUUUGGGGCUGACAGUACAAAUAGCCACGUAGUGACGUUUCAGCAUGUCACUAAACCUAGUCUGUUGUGCCAAACAAUUACCAGGGAUUUCCAAGCAGAGCAUUUUUACAGUUCUUUUUUGCAUAUGCAGGCCAUGAUGGCUGCCAAUCGAUUCAGCAAGCACCUAUGGCUAUACGUUACUUCCAGACAUGCUUUUUAGUUACCUCUCCAAUCCACAUAUCAGUAAUGUAAUUCACGCUCUUUUUACCAGCUCUCUCUCAUGUCCUGCUUUCAUACAUCCCAGUGGUGGAAAGUAUGCUGACAUGCAGAUUGUAUAAACGGGUGAACACCUAUUGUACAGCGCUGCGGAAUCUGAUGGCGCUAUAUAAAUAAUAAAAUAAUAAUAAUAACUGGCUUUGCUUUUACUGCCGUCGUGAAUAUUUAUGAAUCCUAGUUUUUGAUCAGUUAAUUUCAACCUCUCCUUCGGAGACAUAACCUGUAUCAAUCCAUCACAAAAACCAUUGUUUGAAUUUUAGUAAUCUUUUUUUGUUUCAUUCGCAUGUCUCAGUAGGUUACAUUGUAUUGCAAAUAUGAAAACACAAAGAAAGGUUACAUAAUGCCAGAGUGAAUAUUGUAACAAGGGGUACAUAAGAAAGCUCAAGGCAAAAAGAUUAAGUUGUUUGUGCAGUUUUCCUGCAUUAUGUAUCUAUUAUAUUUGUUUUGUUUUUGGGCGGGAAGGCUUAAAGGGCCAGGGUUUCUCUAUUUGUAUCAAACUGUGUCAUUCUCAAUAGUUUGACAUGAAACCAAGGAAAGCGACAGUGUACUCUAGGUAACAACUAGAACAAGCCUACUAAUUUUUGUUGCAUAGAGACUCCUUUCAAUAUUGGGGAAAAACAUAUCUUUGUCCACCUUUAUUCUCAUGCUUUAUUAGUCUAUCGGACUUACAUGUUUUGUGCUUGUUUCCACAGAGUUUGAAAAGGAAAGAGAAAGAAUAUGAGCAUGAAAUGGAACGCUUGGCCAGGGAAAAGAUCGCUACACAACAGCGACUGGCAGAUUUGAAGAACGAGCUCAGCCAGUGGAUGGAUAUUUUGGAGAUUGAUCGAAUUGUUCGUCAGACCGUUCAGCCUGAAGAUGAUCAGGCCUCUACCUCCACAGCUUCAGGUACACUGAAUAUUUUGAUGACACAAAUACGUGACCAACAUGGUCUUAUUUAGCAGGUUGAUGUCAAGGCUUUCUAACCCUUUACAUAAUGAAUUCCUUUGAAAGAACCUAACAUGUUGAAAAAAUAUGCAGCAUUGUGCCUUAUGCUUGUUUUUUUAUGAUCGGAUGGAAUGUUUAACAGAAAAGAAAAAAAAUGUAAAUCAGAGUAAUAUGUUUAAUCUGGAGGCAAUUCAGUUCCUUCUGGUAUUUUCUUUUAUUGGCUGAUGAUGCAUAUACUAGUGUAAGGUAGUAAGCUUAGUAUUGUUUUUUUAAACAGAACUUUCUCUGUACUCCUUAGGGCUCACAAGUGUUUUUUUUUUUAGAGCCAUCUCCUACCUACAGGCUUUAAAUGUCCACCUUGUGCACCUGAUGGUUGCGCUGGGCUGUAAAAAGAAAUCGAUGCAAGGAAUUAGUUUCAGAAUGAAAUUGGUUAGAGUAGGCAUGCUUCCUGAUAAAAUACUUUUGAUGGUUAUAUCCAAUUAUUCACACUAGUUGUGUGUCUAUCAUCUUUCUUUAUUUUUAUUUUUUUUACCUUCGUCAUAAUAUUUGUGUCUUUUCUUUAUUUAUUUAACUUUUUAUCCUAGCUUUUCUUAUAUAGCUUUCCUCUGUGGUCACAUCGCAACUCUUUGGGUUCCAUUUUUUUGUGUGCGACAUUACCGUCUAAUUUUUAGUUAAUAAAUAUUUUCCCAUGCACCUGUGUCCCCUUAAUUUAUCCCCUAAUACCAGUAUUCUACUAUUCAUCCCUCCCUGGCUAUAGGUUUCCGUGAUUGUGCUUCUACCAUUUCUGUUUUCCCCAUAUUAUUGCCAUAUGUUCCCCAUUUCUCUCCCUACAUUACCACAUUCCACUGUCGCUUACGUACCUCCACUUCUUCCACCAUUACCAUAAUCUCCCUUCCUACUGCCAUAGUACCCCUUAUUGCCAUUACACCCACACUGUAAUAUGUCCCCCAUUUUUCCUCCCUCCAUUAUUGUAUUGAUGGAACAUGUCUUCUGGCAUCAGAUGUUUGCAUGUAUAAUGCCUUUUUUUGUGUCCUCUACUUAUUAUACUUUAUUUGCUGUAGGAGGCAGUGUGAAUUUACGUUUAGUAGAAUUCACAUGCUUUAGUAGAAAUGUAGGCCGGAGCGUUGUAGAUUUUACUGGUGUUUUCAAAAAUACACAGUAUAGUGCCACAUACAUAAUCGUGCAGCAUAUAAUAGAUAUAUUGAUUGCAUAUUCUCUAACUUGGCAGAACGUGUAACCAGAAUUCACUUUCUUUCUUUCUCUGCAAGGUCAUAGUUUUGUCUGCAUGGUCAGAUAAAUUAGCAUCAUGUAAGGUAAUACUUUGAGAACAGAAUGUUUCUUCUUUGCAGAGGGAUUUGGAUAAAAUUUGGGGCCGACGAGGUUCAGCAUAAAUAAAUAGUUUUAGAAUUUUGCUAAGUAGUGUAACGUGAUAUUGCUUGGCCUUGUUUAAAUACCUCUUUAAAACACAGUUUUGCCAACAGACAAAUAUAUGGAAUUCUUUGAUGGAAGGGUUAUAGAGCAGAAGGUGCAGGGAUCCUACUGCAGGCAUGUUAUGGUAUUAGUUAAUCAUAAAUCUGAUAAGUUGAUUUUAAUGUAUAUGCAUACUCCGACUAAUGUAAUACACUUUAUAUUCAACCAUAAUUCUUUGUGCAAUGUGCUUUGAGGGGUAUUGUGAGUGAGCAUACAGCAUAUAUCUUUUGUGAAAAAUACAUACAUCUAUUAAGUGAAGGGUGACUGAAGUGCUGUAUGUUGCCUUGACUAGUCCCUAAUUUUAUUUCUUGCUUAAUAGUUAAUAUUCAGUGGGUACCUCCGCAUUCCUUAAACUAUGUAGAGUUCAGUUUAAGUUGUACUGAUCGUAACCGUGAGUUGUUUGAAUUAAUCCAAAACGCUUUCCAGAGCUCUGUGUAUCAUUGCCAUCCAUUUUUUUUGUGUCUGGUAGCUAAAACAAGGGGUUUAGUGAAAGAGUGUUUACCCCUCUUUCCUCCCCCCCCCCCAAAGAAAAACAGGUGUCAGAGAAAAAAAACAAAACAGACACUUUUUUUUUAAAAUCUAUACAUUUGUUGGUAAAUUGUCAAAAUUAUGAUCUGUAACAUGCACUAAAUAAACAUUUGAAUGGUAGGUGCACCUUAAAAUCCCAUUUGAUAGAAAUCUUUCUUUCGUCAGUAGUAGUUAGGACACAGUGUUCCUCUAUUUUGUAUUCUCCGUGUUCUGGCAUAGAAUCUUUAUUCAUAAGCCCUUUAAUCUUCCCUUUCUCUUUCUCUCUUCAAAGCAAGGGCAAAAUAAAAGAAGUGGUUCUUAAAUUGAUGGUCUGGUGUGCGUAAGUGCAACAGCAGACGCACAGGAUAUAGCGUUGUGGCAGAGCCUAUUGCUUUCAGGGAAUGUAAUAGCUGUGUUGGGAUAGAAGCUUAAAUAGAAUGGAUUACAUUAGGGCAACAUCAAUAACAUAUUCAGAAGGUCAAGACGAAUGCUUGGGAUUUCUUUGGUCUGUUUGAACUAUAGGUUGCCGUUUGCUUUCUAUUCGUUUCGACUACAUGGUAAGAAAUAAAUGUCAUAACAUUAGUAUGAUGUAUUAACUGAGAUAAUGAUGUGAUUGCCACUGGUUAUUAAAAUUUCCAAAGUGAUCCCAUUGGAUAAUGAAUUUUUAACGUUUUAUUUGUAUGGCACUAGAAACACAUUCCUAUCUAUACAUGUGUUUCAUUAUCUUUUUUUUAAAUCUUCUCUUUCAGAGGGUGAAGACAACAUUGACGAAGACAUGGAUGAUGACCGGCUGGUAAAUUCACUGACAAAACGGCAGCAACCUGAGCUUCUGAAGAUGGUUCCUUCCAGUGCAGCCUCCCACAAUCACCAUUCCACUGUUCUGCCUCAGCAUGUGUCCAUUCAGCAGAAGCAAGCUCCAUCCCCGCACGCACAGCCUCAGAUCUCCAACCAGUCCCUGGUCCCACCUCAGGCCCUGCUGCCAACACAGACUCAUAUUGUGGCUGCCUCAACAGUGCAGUCAACAGUGAUAGCCCACACGGCCACUACUCAUGCGUCCGUCAUCCAGACUCUCAAUCAUGUCAUCCCGGGGCCUCAAACCAAGCACAUUGCUCAUAUUGCACCUUCCACGUCAAGCCCUGUACAAUUAACCACUGCUGCUCAGCCAAUUGGCCACAUCACUGUGCACCCAGCUACCAUUAAUCAUAUGACCCAUCUCGGCCAGCCGUUACCCAUCUACCCCCAGUCUGUUGCUGUAAGUCAGCCCAUGGUGAGCCACAUCGCUCACACCAUCACUCACCCGCAAGUUAAUGGAACCACAAACCUAGGUCAGCCAGCAGUUAUGGCAAAGCCAGCGGUGGGGACCCAGGUGGUGCACCAUUCCCAGCUAGUUGGGCAAACCGUUCUGAAUCCGGUGACUAUGGUGACUAUGCCAUCGUUCCCUGUCAGCACCUUGAAGCUAGCCUAAACACUCACAACUAAAAGUCAAGUAAGAAUGAAUUUAAUAAAUAAAAUAAGUUAUCCAACAGACAGCUUCUACAGAAACUCCAUACAUUCCUACAAAGUCAUUUUCCAAGGAUGAGAAGAUCAGACAUUGUCUAAACUGGGUUAAAACCCACACAGUCAGUCACUUUGAAAAAGGCCGGCUUCCGGGGGCCUCUCUCUAUAACACAACAUAGAGUCCAGUGCACUGAAAACUUACCAUACUCAUUGUCUCAGUGGCAGCAGCUCAUAUUGACUUUAUUUUUAUUUUGUUCUACUUACAACCAAUGAAUACUGAAUGAGACAUUACAUUUUAUCCUCUACUCCACUCAUACUUUUAUUCUUUUUGUUUUAAAUUUUUCUUUGAAUAUUACAUUGUAGUAUACAAAUUGAUAAUCUCUUUUGGACAAAGGCAGAAACAGACAUUGUCACGGUGAGAAGACUUGCUGUAGUAACAGCUGCAGGACAUACAAAUAAAAUAUAUAUAAAAAUAUAUUUAAACAUUAAAGUUUGGGAAGCAUAAUCGAAAAGUGAAAAAUAAAUAUGGCAAGCCCUCUCUUUUUCCCGCAGAGGUCAGCAAUGAGCUGGCAUCAAAUAGCUGAAAGCCUAUGCGGCUCUAAAGAGUACUUUAUUUUUAAAAAAAAUUCUGUUUUGACUGUUUUAGCAAAUCGCAAGCAUUACUCUUGGUUUGGUGGUCCAGAGCAUAAUUCCCAUUAUUCGGAAAUCUGGAAAAUAGUCAAUAUACAAAUCCUGAGCAUAUUUAUUCCAUUUGAUUUUUUUUUUUUUUUUGUAACCCCUAUGUCUAUUGUAGAUAAUUGGCAAUUGACAAAUUGUGAUCAAAAUCAAAAGCUUUUUGAUAGUAUUAUUACGCAUGAUUGUCUUUAAUUUUACUAAUAUAGGGAACAUGGAAAUGUUAGUUACAGUGUUUAAAGGAAAAAUGCAUACAGAAUUUAAAACGCUUUGUUGUGCCCCCUAGAGGUCAUUUUAAAAUACUACGUUGCUACAUAUUUGCUAUGCAGUGUUUUGCCGUAGGACACCUCAACCUACUAAAGGUUCCACAGUAUCUGUUAAAAGUAAUUUGCAUUGGCAUUUCUUCUCGUGCCUUGAAGUGUCUUGUGACAAAUGACUCUUAGUAAAUGAAUGCUAUAUUUAUUUUGCCCCCACAUCAUCAGUUGUUAUUCUGCGCUAUUUUUAGUACAGUGAAUUAAAUGCUUAAUUUGGUAACUAUAGCCCAAACAGAGGCAACAUUAAGGCUAAGAGAAUGGGGCUUAGAGUCUCUUUGAAAUCUCC